CCGGAAGCUGUGUGUAAGGGCAGUGAGCUGAGACUGUGCUCUCAUCACAAGAGAGACCUAUUCACAAGUCCCUGCAAUCCCACCACAGAGCUUAGUCCUGGAUCAUGUUUACCUGAGAUUCUGUAGCCAAGUGUCACCUUUAUCCAGACUCUGCAUUGGAUUGCUUCACCCCCUGGUUAAAGCAGGCACAUGCAUGACAGGUGAUUUCUACCUGUGUUCUUCUACCUGGAGUUGACAUGUUGAAAGCACUCACAGGAAGCAGUGCAGGCUAUGAGAGGCUCUCUGACAGUGGGAAGGUGAGUUCUCAUUGUGUAAAACAUGUCAGAAGUCUUAAAAUGUUUUCAUUUAUUACAAUCAAAUCAAAUCACAUUGUGAAGUUUCAUAUUUGACACAUACACAGUAUCAUUCUCUACCAGUUGGUUUCACUGAUUCUUAAAAAAAUUGACUACAUCCUGAAGAAGAUACAAAUCCCACCUCAUGUCCUUGAAAGGUGAUGAUCGCUGUUUCUUAUUUACUAAUCACAAACUGUGUUUUGUAAAUAUCAUUUCCAGACACUCUGCUUACUGUACAGAUAAGUGAUCAGUCCCUAUUAAUACUGCAAAGAGUUCUCAUUGUCCCAAGUAAUCAUAUAUUGAUUUUAAUUCUAUAUCUAAACUCCAGUCAUAACCUGCUCAGUAAAUAAUUAAUUGUAAUGCUUGUUGGGAGCAGUUCUCUGCCUCCUCUUAUGUUGUGUAAUGUCACUGAGGUCUAGUUCAUUGAUAAUUUACCUUAAUGAUCCUCCCUAGUCUAGCUGUCACAAUCUGCAAUACCUGAAAUUGCCUUAUGUUUCACCCCACCCACAAUAAAAUGAAAAUGCUGUUAGGAGUUCUAUCUAUCUAUCUAUCUAUCUAUCUAUCUAUCUAUUCAUUGGUAGUCCCUACAUAGCAGUUUUUAUAUAGAUAGAACAUAUUGUUAUUUUUGGGCUAGUACAGAUUAGUUAUAGAUGCCAUGGUUUCAGUUGCUGUCCAAUUACUUUUAGCCUGCUGAUCAUGUCUCAUCUAAUCUUUCAAAUAGGUAGCUGCACUCACGGAUUUUAAAAGUCCAAAAGUUAUCGAUUAAAUGUUAAAAGACGAUCAACGUUUCAGUCCUGCACAGAGGACUUUUAUUAAGAAUUCAGCCAAUAAGAUAAAUUCUGCAACUAUUUCUUAUCAGCAAUGUCUCUCCUCCCAAACACAGCAACCAUGCUCCUAAACAAUUUUUAGAAUGAAUAGAGAAUGAAUGUAAUUACUUUGCCUUGUAACUGCUUAGCCCCUUAAGUAAAGGCUAAAACUGAUUCAUCAUAACUUUUUUUAAAAGGAUGAUGGAUGUAUUAAAUGUAAAGUAUACAAUAAAAAAUAUACUUGACCGAGUGUGUCCAUCAUUUGGAACCAAUACCAGGUUCUCUUCCUGAUCUGCUCAGAGAUUUUCAGCAGCACUAAUUCCCACAUUGAUUUCAGUGGAUGUACUGCACGCAAUCUAAAAACAAAUGCAUCCAUAUUAGGGGUUACUAUUUGUUAAAUAGGCAAGAUAUUCACUUGGUCAAGUAACUGUGUACAAUAAAUACUUGUAUAUUGUAGCUGCGCUAUCUUCAGACAGGGGAGGACUGGCAAAUAUCUGUCAGGGGGCAAAUACAAACAUGGCUCUCAAGCUGCGAAAUAUAGUUUUGACAGAAGGAGGCUGCUGGUCUUCGAGAGGGGACCUAAUCUAUGUUUGUGUUAUCUUACUGCUGUACUCUUUUUUUGGUGCCAGGUGUGCCCUGUGUACUUUGACAAAACAUUUAAAAAAAUGUUUUAAACUUACCUGGUUUCCACUGGUCAUCUGCAGCCACAUGCCAUGCUUCUCCUUGGAGGAGAAUCCAGUUAGGUCCCCUGAGAAAGCAGGGCCAUGCUUAUUGGUUGGGAGCAUCCACUCUAAGCCAAAGUGCAUGGUGCUGUAUAAGCCAUGCUUUAACUUUUUGAAGACAUCAAGCUUCUCCUGCAGGACAUGCCUCAUGGGCACCUAGAGGAUCCUGAUAAAUUGACCAACCAUCCUAAAAUGCAUUGACAAAUUGCAUUGUGAUAGGCCAGGGCACUCCCAGCACCAUAACCACUACACUGGGCAGUAGUGUCACUAAUCUGACGACAAGAUAUUUUUGUGAUAUAAAAGAGUUAAAUUGUUCAUUUCUUUAAUGCCAUGGUAAGCAGACAUGCAUGUAGGAUUUAAGUGUGUUAGUGUAUAGUAACACAUCUCUUAUAGUACCAGAAUAGACAACAAACAGUUUGCCUGGCAGUUUACUGUUAAAUAUCAAUAUAAUUUCAGCAGUGAGAUAUGCCAUACUUUAAUAAAAGUAUCAUAGUUCAAGGCAAUCUCACAUUUAAGGAAACGUCUUAAAAUCGUGUCAAAUAUAAACCACAUGACAAGUUUGAAUAUCACAUGGUGUUGACUUCCAUAUAUUUUGUGUGUUUACUUUUUAUUCGGUAAAUCGUUUUACAGCUUAAGAGAAACUUUACAAAAACAAUUGGAGUAGCUUUCACUGAAAAUGUAUUCCCCCCCAUAACUGUAAUAUUCCCAUCGGGCAUCUAUCGUUACAUUUUAAGGACAGGUUGAAGGUUUUAUGGAAGUAGUGAAAUUGUGGGAAAGAAGGGUAAUAAAUGUGUUUUUAAGAAAAGUGUAGGUGAUUAACCCCUUAACCCCUUAAGGACACAUGACGGAAAUAUUCCGUCAUGAUUCCAUUUUAUUUCAGAAGUUGUGUCCUUAAGGGGUUAAGGACCAAACUUCUGGAAUAAUAGGGAAUCAUGACAUGUCACACAUGUCCUGUGUCCUUAAGGGGUUAAGAUAAUGGACAGUAUAGCGUAUGUCCAUUAUGAAGAUGGCCAUGUUACCCAGGUAUAAGAAGACUUGCCCAAGGAUCAAUGUAUGUGCACUUAAAUCUAAGAAUACUUGUAGGAUCCUGUGACAAAAUUAAGAAAGUUUUAAUCUGGUUUGGUUCUUAAAAGAAUGAAGACUAGAAUGAAGGUUCCCUUGUCCAGUUCUAGGCAGCUCGAUUUGGUAGUUUGUGGUUUUAUGUGGACUGCACAGAUCACUGUCAUCAUAACCUUCCCAUUCGUUCACUUUGAUGUGAGUUUUGCUGAUAUUCUGUAUCAGAGAAUUUUUAGUAAAGUGAGAAUACAAAGUGAAAUUUAAGUGUAAGUCCAAUAUAGCCGAACAAGAAAAAUUAACAACUAUGUUCCGAGCGGAGCUGCUUUCAUUUUAAAUUUUAAAUUCACUUUGAAUUAUCACUUUGGUAAAUGACCUUGUAAAUCUUUUAAUCAGAAACCAAUGGGAUUCUGAGCGCCUGCGUCUAUCUAUGCCUGGACCAGGUGUGUAAUUAAUAACUAAUUAGCUGCACCUAUCAACCUUUAUUUGUUUUGCAAGAUGUAGCUAUAAUGAACAAGUUGUAAAACACUCCACAUUCUAAACCUGAUCAUGACUAACUUAUUUUUUAAAGGGUAUUUCUAUGUAAAGUCUGUGAAUUACAUUUAUGCACAGUAUUGUACUUUUAUUUUGUAUUAAAAAUGUUUUCUCCACUUUUUUGCUAUUUCAGAAGGUCAAUCCUGAGAACAAUGCCUCUUUCUUCAAUAGGAUCACCUACUCUUGGUAUAGCAGGUACUGUUCAAAUCAUAACUGAUUAUGAUAAGGAGUAACAUGCGCUAAUCUGAUGUUUUAACACAUCCCCCUCCAAAACUUUUAUUUAAAAUGUAAAAAAAAAGAAAAAGAUCCAGUUUGCAAUAAGAGCCAAAAUGAAGCAAACUAUGAAUAAAACACGUCAAGUCCCUCUAUUGUAUUAUUAGGACAGAGGCAGAAAAGCACAGAAACAUCAGAUAUUUGAAUUGUGGACCAGAAGACGUAAGUGUGUGCCCAUUCUUGUGAAAUUAGCGCAAGACUGCAAAUCCCCCAGUGUAACCUGAAUACACAAUGUUUAUUACCCCUGCACCAAGAAAUUAACACAGAGUGCUUAGUUAGUCAAGAGGACUUUUUAAGGUGACGUGUGAGUAAGGAAAUGAAAGAUAUUAAAUGUUUCAGUUGAUGAUAAUUUAAAUAGGUUUUCACAGUGAUUACCUAUCACCUAAGUGGAUGCAAACUCCCAUUCUUCAAUCUCUGAGAUAACGUGGGAGGCUCAGCUUCCAAGCUGCGCUAACCUGCCCCAGUGCUUGCAUCCAGUCAUUGCUGUCCAUGGUCAGCAGCCUUUGCAUAAGUAAUGCAGCAAUGAAUCUUUGGGUGCCAUGGAGAACCCUGAUGUCUUUCAAACUGCUCCAAAAUGGUUUAAUGUAGACAGGAGGGUCAACUGUCAAAGACCCAUGAGCUGUAGUGGUUAUGGUGUUUUGAAGGAAGUACUGUUACCCCAGUUCCUUUGUGAUCCUCUGACUUUGUGGCAUUAUGUUGUUCUGUUUAUUGCAAGGUUUGAGCAUUUAGAGUUGGGAAGGUUCCUUUAAGAAUUCACUACCUGUUAUUUUCUUGCAGGGUAAUAAGUCUUGGCUAUAAGAAACCUCUCGAAAGAGACGAUCUGUUUGAGUUAAAUGAAGAUGAUUCCUCUUACAAUAUCUAUCCUGCUUUUGAAAAUUCCUGGAGAAAAGAAAUCUUGGAACAUGACAAAAAGGUACAUUUAUUUCUCAAUAAACCCUUCAUUCAUUUUCCUGUCUGCUCGCACCUCCCACACGUCCCCGCUCUGUCAGUCCCUGCAUUGGCUUCCAGUUAGAUAUAAGGCUCAAUUUAAAAUUCUGGUGCUUGCUUACAAGUCCCUACACAAUACUGCUCCAACCUACCUAUCCUCCCUAAUACACAAGUAUGCAGGGCCGCCAUCAGGGGGUGACAACCAUGACUGUUGUCACGGGCCCGGCGGCCCUGAGGGGCCCGGACUGCUCUGGCAGUCCUGGGCCCCACUUUCUUUCUCUGUACACAUAGAUAGCGAAUAUCGCUAUCUAUGUGUGCAGCCGCAGGCCCCCAGCUCCCUGUUACCGCAGAGGGGCCCAGGCAGCACACAGCUUCUCCUCUUCUCUUCUUUCUUCUAAUAACUCUCGCGAGACCCGGUUACCAUGGCAACGCUCCGCGGGUCUCGCGAGAGUUAUUAGAAGAAGAGAAGCUGUGUGCUGCCUGGGCCCCCUCUGCGUACGGUAACAGGGAGCCGGAGGGGCCCCCAUGCCACCGGGCCACCACAGAUGGAAUCUCCCCCCUCCCUGGAUACAGGUAAGCAGGGAGGGGGGAGAAACAUUUAAUUAAAAAUUAAUGUUAAAAUGCCCCUUGCUCCCCCCCCCAGAUUGCACAUUUACACACACACUGCAUACACUAACACAACACACACUGCAUACACGAACACAACACACACACACACAGCAUACACUAAAACAACACACACACAGCAUACACUAACACAACACACACUGCAUACACUAACACAACACACUCUGCAUACACUAACACAACACACACACUGCAUACACUAACACAACACACACUGCAUACACUAACACAACACACACACACUGCAUACACUAACACAACACACACACUGCAUACACCAAUACAACACACACCGCAUACACUAACACAACACACACACACUGCAUACACUACACACUAACACACACACACACUGCAUACACUACACACUAAUACACUCACUGCAUUCACUACACUAACACACACUCUGCAUCCGCUACACACUCACACACUCUCUGCAUUCGCUACACAUUAACACACUCUCUGCAUUCAUUACACUAACACACACUCUGCAUCCGCUACACACUAACACACGCUCUGCAUUCACUACACAUUAACACACACUCUACAUUCACUACACUAACACACACUCUGCAUUCACUACACAUUAACACACACUCUGCAUUCACUACAAAUUUACACACACUCUGCAUUCACUGCACUAACACACACACUACAUUCAUUACACUGACACACUCUGCAUUCACUACACACUAACACACACUCUGCAUUCACUAAACUAUGCAUACACUCUGGAUUCACUAUACUGACACACACUCUGCAUUCACUACACUAACAUACACUCUGCAUUAACUGUACACACAGCAUCCACUACACAAACAUCCUGUAUUCACAGUACACAUACUACAUCCACCACACAUUGAAACACUCUGCAUUCACUAUACACAGACACUGCAUCUAAUACACGCACUACAUCCACUACAGACACUGCACCCACUAAACACAUUUCAUCUAGUACAUACAAACACUACAUCCACUACACAAACACACACUACAUCACUGUACACACACUAUAUCCACUACUCAAACACACUCUGUGUUCACUAUACACACUGCAUCCGCUACACAAACACACACUCUGCAUUCACUGUACAAACAGUAUCUAAUACACACAAACACUACAUCCAUUACACAUAUUCUAAUUCACUUCCACUAUACACACCACAUUCAGUCCUGCAUCAUUGUCAGCGGACCAGGUAGGGCGUGGGCGGGCCCGGGAGGGAGGAAGAGGGGGCCCAGAACUUGUGCUUUGUCAGGGGCCCCAAAAUUUCUGAUGGCGGCCCUGCAAGUAUGUCCCAUCAAGGCCCCUACGCUCUGCCAAAGACCUACGGAUAUCCUCUUUCUGUACUCCCACCUCUAACGCUCACCUCCAAUACUUUUCCAGGGCUUCACCUCUUCUGUGGAACUCCCUUCCCUUCUCCGUAAGACUUUCACCCAGUCUCCACUCAUUCAAAAAAUCAUUGAAAACUCACUUCUUCAAGAAAGCAUAUCAAUUAAACUGUUAGCAGGUUUUUAUCCCCCCCCACCGUGACUCCUUUCCUGCAACUGUCAAAAAUUACCUACUAAGCCCUCAGUGGAUACUUUUCUAACAACCUACUUCAUACCCCUACUUUUACCCUCUGUGUCACUAUACCCCACUCCCUCUAGAAUGUAAGCUCAUUGAGCAGGGUCCUCCACCUCUCUGUCCAGUUGUCUGGUUACAAUUACAUGUCUGUUAGUCACCCAUUGUACAGUGCUACAGAAUCUGAUGGCGCUAUGUAAAUAAUAAAAUAAUAAUAAUAAUUACCAAAAUGUAAUGUUGUAUACGAUCACCAAAGCAUGUUCAAAAUUUAAAAUACCUAUAUUAUCUUGGUGAAUUAAUAAACAGCAGAUGUAAAAAAAGUGUUUAUGGAAAAUUGAUGAAAAUUUUAAGUGCAAAUGCUAAAUUGAGAUGUAUAAACAAAGUUCCAGCCUUGCCUUUUCUUUAUUUUUCCAUUUAUAUAUUCAAAUAUAAAUGUAAUUUAAUGUAGAGUGCACAAUUCUUUUAACAUUUACGAUAUGUUCAUUGCAUUCGUGGGAGUGCCAGAUUUGUUUUAAAGGUGUAACCUCAACCUUUUGCCUAGUACGUUCCAUAUCCUGAUAAUGUAGAGCGAUAUCUCAAAAUGAACUGAAAAAAAAUGAUCUAUAAAGCUUGAUUUGUCAUAUGGCUAAUAAGCCCCGGUCUGUCUCUUUGGCCCAUCAUCAUACAUGACGUUUAUUCCACAAUGGUUGGAAAGUUACCUGUUGGCUGCCUCAGGUCUGUGAUUUAUGAGGCUCUGAAAUUUUUUAGCAAAAUUAAAAAAAAAUCUGAAAUCUAAAUAUAUGAUAUAGUAAAUAUAUUAUCCUCCAAAUUGCACAAAGCCACCACUAAAUUUUCCAAAAUUUACCUAAACUGGAGCUUGGUCGAAAUUAACCAUGCUGGUCAUAAUCCGGGAUCUUCCUUAGGUUUUGCAAUUUAGAGGCACAUUGAAACUCCAGUGAAUAAAAAAAAUAUAUAUAUAACUAUCAAAGGCAUUGAAACUUCCAAAAUGGCUACCUAGAUUAUCUCCUAAUGCACAUUCUAUGAAAUCUGCAUCUGAAUGUAGGUUCCACCAAUUCAAGUUGCGGCAUUCAUUGCUAUAACAGCACGCACGUAAAGGUACACUAUAGUCACCAGAACCACUACAGUUUAAUGUAGUGGUUCAGGUGUCUAUAGCCUGUCCCUGCAGGCUUUUCAAUGUAAAAACUUUUAAAAGUGAUCUGAGGGGGGCUGUUUAGCUGAAUAGUUAGUUUAACAAUAUAGUGUUAGGAAUACAUGUUUGUAUUGCUGGCACUAUAAUGUUCCUUUAACUGUGUGAAUGUAAAUACAAUGAAAGUUAUUGGUGCCAUUAAAACUGCGGUCUUCUUUAUGUAUCAACAGGGCUCUAACUAUCGGAGAGCGUCUUUACUCUGGGCAUUAUGGAAUACGUUUAAAUAUUUGAUUGUCCAGGCUGCUCUGAUGAAAGUAGUAGCUGAUAUUUUGGCCUUUGCAAGUCCUCAAAUUCUAAAGUAGGUAAACUUCUCUGCAGACAUUUUAAGUUAAUUUUUAUUAUUAUUUAAUCACACACAAAGAGAGCGGAUAAUUGUACACUGGAUUAUGUUUGUGGUUUAUUUUUGUAAAAUGACAGGGCAUGUGUAUCAAAUCUACCUCUGCUUUUGUCUUCAGACAGAUGAUUUUUUUCUGCGAGAACCAGUCAGACAAUGCGUGGAAUGGAUACAUCUUUGCUGUUGCUCUUCUUGUGGUCACUAUUUUGCAAACAUUGGUUCUGCAGGUCUACCAGCGCUUUAAUAUGCUCACGGCUGUGAAAAUUAAAACUUCAGUUGUUGGACUUAUAUAUAAAAAGGUAAGGUAAAGCCAGCAACAAAAUCAGAUAUUUAACAAAUCAUCAUUGUGUGUUUUUUUUUUUUUUUUUGCAUGGUUCUAACAUUUGGUUCCACUGAGGGCUUUUUUGGAGUUCGGUAGGAUUUGUUCAGGGAGCCGAGGAUCCACUUGGUAGAACUUUAAUUAAAGAUGUAGACAAUUGUCCUAUAAUAAAAUAAGUUUGAAUACAAUCAGAAAGCACUAAAAUCAUUGAACACAUAAUAUGAGUGUGUACGGAACUUAAUUUUAAUACAAAAGUCCAGUCUAAAGGUACCAGUCCAAUAACAGUAUAAAUUCUGAUUUGUCUUUACUUGGAUUUCUAAAUUGUAAAAAUGCAUUAUGUAUUCAGAAUUCUUUUCAAUACAUGUAUGUCCUAUACGGUCCUCUAAAGAUAUUCCCUACAUUGUAUAAUUUAAUAGAUAACUUAUUGUGAAUGCUACAAUGUGUGUUUAAUCUGAUGAUGUACAUUGUAUACCAACCUUUACGUGUAAUCUGAUGUUACAGUGGUUGGUAUAUAAACAAGCCCCAUCACUAAUGAACUCAAUGAGCUGGUUCGAUGGGUUCACUGUGAAAUGUUAUCAGCAUGCACAGUACAGGGUAAACUGGUCUUGUGUAAUAUGUAACAGAUGAAGCUGAUACAGCAUUUUCCCCCCACUUUAUAUAAUUCUUUAUUUUUGUAAUGCACGUCAAAGAUAACAUAUUCGCAGUCUGGGCAUUACAUAAUGACAUAAGAAGAAACCAACAUUGCAGCACAAUGCAAGACAAGGAAUCUGCACAAUUUUAGGUAUAAACAAGUUUAAAUCAACAUGUGAGUUUGUAGGACAUAGUCUCCAGGUGUGGGAGAUAAGUACUAGGCUGAGGAGCAGGCUUUAAGAGAAAGAGAACAAACAGCUUAAAGGGACACUAUAGUCACCUGAACAACUACAGCUUAAUGUAGUUGUUCAGGUGAGAUAUACAGCUCCCUGCAGGCAAUCUAAUGUAAACACUGUAUUUUCAGAGAAAAUACAGUGUUUACAUUGAUUGAUAGGAAUACCUAUCCUAUUGAUAGGAAUACCCACCAGAGGGACUUCCUAUCAUGUAUGGCCCUAAAAAGGCCAUGUACACGUCAGACGUAUUAAAAUACGUAAUCAGCAAAGCAGCUGUCCAUGUCCCCUUGGAGGAACUAGGCAUGGGACUCCUGCAAUAUUCACUUUAGAGGUGCAUAGUGAUCAUGGUUUGCCCUCAACUAAACAGAAAUCGGAUAAUUCUACAGGCUUAAAAUAGAAUGAAAUACCAAACAAAUAAUUGGGUUGGGAAGUUGAAUAUAAAAGUGUAAUCACAGUAAGUGAGGAUGAUACAAAAAAAAACCAUACCCUCGGUUGUAAUAAACUGGCCAACACAACACGUUUCCAACAGUGAGCUGGUCUUUCUGAGGUCCAUUACCUGAGGAAGACCAACUCACUGGUUAAAAUGCAUUGUGCUUACCUGUUUAUUACUGGAAUUUUACUAUUGUUCUUUUUGACGUUGUUUAAUGUAACAAAAUUAUUUUCAAUUUUAUUAUUUUGGUUCCUGGUUAUUAAUUGUAAUGAUAGUGGAAUGUUCCUGUGGACCUGAAAUUGAACCAAGCAGGUUUACAAGACUCUAAUCUAGAUGUGAUAUUCUACCUGCAUAGUUCAUCCUCAUAAUAGGACUCAUAAUAGGCUCUAAAGAUUCUGAGUUCUUCCCAUAGCACUCCAAAUUGCUGCUUUAUAUGAUAUAUUGCACUAAAUGUCUUUUUAUUCUUAUGGUUAUACAGGUAUUACAUACACGAAUUUGUAACAGGAGCCAACUAUAACCAUUGUGCGCCAUUUUAAUAUUUUUAAUUAUAUUUACUACAAGUAUAAAGGAGUAACAGUACACUUGGGUGUUUAUUGCUGCACUGGGUUGUAUUUUAUGAGAGCCAAUUUUUACCCUUAAUAUAGUACAGUAUAGACAUUUAUUGACUAAACCCAGAUUUAUAAGUGCAGAACACAAAUGAAAGACUAUAUUUUUUUCUCUUUUUGCCUCUCUCAUUUCCCUCCCUCCUUUUUCACACAUUAAAUAACUUUUUUUUAAAGAUGUAGACAGCCCAUGGGAAAACUAAAACUGUUAUCAAUUUUUAUUUUUUUAUUUUUGUAUCAUACAUCCCAUUUAAUUCAUUUUUCUAUUUUUGAGCAUGGAAUAUUUUAUUUCAUUAAUUUUCUUUUUAAAGAGGUAAACAGUCUUGUAUCAGUAUGCAGAGGGAUGACUAAAUAAAGAGUUACCUCCUACUUAUAUAUUUGAAAACCUUUCAAAUAUACCACUCAUUUUCCAUUACACCCCAAACCCUUCCCCUGGAUGGAGGGGUCUGGGGUUCUUUUUCUAGUGAUACUAGAGGGAAAAGCUUAAAGCUUCACUGUGCUCGAGAGGUAAGGCACAGAUUAUGACCUUAUCCCAGUACUCUCUUUCCAUUAUAUGAAAUAUAACAGAGGUGACCCAGACUGGACACAUUUGUUCUUCCAGGGUUCAGAUGAGAUCUUCUUCUCCCUUUGACCUUAGUUGUUACAUUAACGAGUCUCUGAAUCCUGCUACAUUUAGGUCCAUUGAUGAAAACAGCUUGUGGAACAUGUACUGCUAUAUUUCUACUUUAGAAAUUGUAUUUUCUGUUGAAUUAGUUUUUGAAUUGCAGUAUCCAGUUAACAAUUCAUUUAAGAAAUAACCUGAGCCCACCUCUGAAAGCACUCAUAUAUGCAUGUUUGUUCCUAAUGAUCCUAAUGGUCAUUUUAUUUAUCUCUGUAAUGCAUAUGUGAAAAUACAAUUAACUACUGCAAGCUCGUGAUGUACUAUUUAAUUCAUGUGUGUAUAUUACUAACACUUUAUGUUUUUUUUUUUUUUAAUUUUUAAAUUUUAGUCUUUGAAUUUGGCAAAUUCUUCACGGAGGAAAUUAACAGCUGGGGAGUUGGUGAACUUGAUGUCGUCUGAUGCUCAGCAGCUCAUGGACCUAAUGGUCAACUUGAAUCUCCUGUGGUCAGCACCGUUCCAAAUUCUUAUGGCUAUCAUUUUCCUGUGGCAGGAGCUUGGCGUUGCAAUAUUAGCUGGUGUAGCCGUACUGAUUCUUAUUAUACCUCUGAAUGCAUAUAUUGCUGCUAAAGUAAAGCAGCUAAAGGUAGACUCAAAAGAUAUUGUUUUCUUCUAAAUUAUAUUUGCAUAAAUAAUGUUUUAAAUGGCUAUUCUCCAUUCACAUGUAAAACUUGUCAGUUAGGCUCUGUUACUGUUAUGAGAUCAAUGAUACAUCUUAAAUGUUUCUGUUAUAUAGGUCACGCCUGGUACAUAAUAAAUAACUUUCCUUUCUGUUUUAUGUUAUACAGAAAAGUCAUCUAAAGAGUAAAGACCAGCGAAUCAAAUUAUUAAAUGAAAUCUUGCAUGGAAUAAAGGUAUUUUUUUUAAAUAUAAUAUUGCAUUAAGCUGUUAUCGUUCUGGUGACUAUAGUGUUCCUUUAACAUUUUCCAAGUAUGCAUCUUUGAUUUUAAUAGUGUUUUUUUUGGCCCAAAUCACUUCUCCCUAUGUUGUAUCCUAGUGUCUCUUAUUUUUUCUGUAUAUGUGUGUAUAACCAAGAUCUACAGCAAUAUAUCUUUAAACUACAAUAAAUGUGUUUAUUUGUAAAAAAUAUAUUUUCAUCCUGUUCUAUAUUACAUUUUCCUGAUGAUGGGUAUAUGGCAUGCAUCCAUUUGCAUGUUCCAGGAUUUAACGCAUUUUAAUAUGAAUAAAAUGAGUAAUGUACUGUGUAAAUUACUUAUCCAGUCUAAUACUCAUUUUCAGCAUGAUUAGUGAAAAAGUAGAGAAUAUUACUAAAAGUGAAAAUGUGGAAAUAUACUUGAUAUUUCUUGCUAAAUCAACAUAUUUUGCAGAUUUUAAAGCUGUAUGCAUGGGAACCCUCUUAUCAAAAGAAGGUUGUUGACAUCCGGGAAAACGAGAUGGAUGUAUUGAAAUCCACCGGUUACUUGACUACAUUCUCCAUGCUGACAUUAACAUGUAUUCCUUUUCUGGUAAUCACUGUGCUAUUUAUUUGUUUCAUUCUAAUACAGUACACAUACUAUCGUUUUAUAAUAGAUUGUUUUCUGUUAUGUCCACACCAAUUACUUACUGUGUAUGUAUAUCUUUGCCAUUUGGAAAGAGAUUGUGUAAUACAAACUUGGUGUUGUAUGCUCUAAAUGGUUAGUUUAUAUAAUUUAACAACUAUAUAGUAAAAUUCAUGUUAUGUUGAGAGCUGGACGAGGGAGGUGCUGAGUGUUUCUGUGUAUCUAGCAUUAUGUAUCUGUAUAUGUGCCUGAAAGAGUGUGUGUCUGUGUAUGUGCAUUUCUGACCGAGUGUGUAUGUGUUUCUGGCAUUUUGUAACUGUAUGCGCACGAGCAUCCUUGUCUGUGUCUGUGACCAUAUGUUUGUGAGAUAGUUGCUUGUGUUGUGUGUAAGGGGGGUUGCUUGUGUUUUGAUUUUGUGUUUUGUUUGUGGUGCGGCAGUGUUCCAUAUGUGGGAGUUGACUAUGUAUAAAGAUGACUAAUGUAAUAGAGUUGAGGGGUGCAUGUUAAAGGGUUAGAGUGGUAGGUUGGUGAGUGUAACAAGGUUGGGGGUAAUUGUGAUGGAGGGUGAUUCUUACAAGAUUAAGGGGUGAGUGUGACAGACAGUGCUGCAAAGUAAGGCAUGGUGAGUCUGACAGGGUUGUGUGAAUUUUGUAUGGCUGUGCAGGGAAAUCUUUUGAUCUCCCUGCCGGCUCGCAUGGGGAGGAACAAUUAGAGCUGGAGCUCCUGGGCUCUGCCUGGGGGACACCUUGGUUAACUAAUGGGUAAUCCGGCCUUGGAUUCAUGUCAAUAGAGGAGGAUUGGGCUGGAGGGAGAACGUAUCCUUGGAACUGUUAUAGGAGAAUUCUAAAGAAGCCACGUACAGAGAGUCCGGACACAGGUCAGUUCAGGAAGCAAAGGUCUUUAUUCUCACUGAUCGGGUCUCAGCUGAACUCAUGUUCAAAAUUUUUGAGCACUGAGCACAUGGAGUACAGGCUUUUUAUAGCUAUUCAUCCCCCAUCUGUACCCUUACACCAAUCAACAAACAGUAUUUACAGCAUUACCUUAUAUGGAUAGGUAGUAUGGCACUAGGAGAAUGAAAUGUGGUUUUUCAAAUCCAGCACAUGCUCAGUACAUGGAUGACAGUAUCUUAGCUACACGUAACUAACUAACAGAUACCUGUACUUGUAUAUGCCACAUGGAGAUUUUAGACCUACUAAGUUUUGGGCUUAGCUGAAAUCUCAUCACAGAACUGGAACGGGCGUGAGGUUUACCUCAGAGAGACUAACUAGCAGAGCAGUGCUCAUGAAAACACUGGAUUUUGGUUGGAGUAGUAUUUUCAGUGGCGUACAUACCAGGGUCACAGGGGUCGCGACUGCGACCGGGCCCGUCCCACCAGGGGGCCCGGCCACCCCUGCGACCCGGUAUGUACGCCACAGGGCCAGCCUCUUCCCCUGGGGGGCCCAGGAGCCGACCACCCCAGGGCCCCCCGAGGCUUGCCCUGCUGUCACCCGGCACGUGGGCGCGCGAGGGAGCACUCACUGCUUCCUCUUCAGCUCCCUCGCGCACCGCACUGAUACCGGAAGCCAGAAGAUGACGUCAUCUUCCGGCGCCGACAUCCCUACGCGGCGCGCGAGGGAGCUGAAGAGGAAGCACUGAGUGCUCCCUCGCGCGCCCGCCUGCCCGACCGGCCACCCGCCCAGGAGCCCAGCAGCACCACUGGACCCCAGGGAAUCCCCCCAGCACUCCAAAAGGUAAGGAGGCUGGGGGGAUUACAUUUUAAAAAAAACGUGUUAGUGUUAGUGUGGGUGUUAGAGUGAGUGUUAGAGUGAGUGUUAGAGUGAGUGUUAGUGUGGGUGUUAGUGUGGGUGUUAGUGUGUGUUAGUGAGUGUUAGUGGGUGUUAGUGAGUGUUAGUGGGUGUUAGUGGGUGUUAGAGUGGGUGUUAGAGAGUGUGUUAGUGAGUGUUAGUGAGUGUGUUAGAGUGAGUGUUAGUGUGUGUGUCUGCUAGUGAGUGUUAGUGUGUGUCUUACUGAGUGUGUGUGUUAGUGAGUCUGUUUGAUGUCUGUUAGUGAGUGCGUGUUUGUCAAUGAGAGUGUAUGUUUUGUAAGUGAGUGUGUAUGUAUGUCUGUCGCUGAGUGUGUCUCUGUCAGUAAAUGUGUGUGUCUGUUAGCUAGUGUGUAUGCUUCUGUAAGUGAGAGAGUGUGUGUCUUCAGCACUUACCUUUCUCCAGCGCCGGACUCCCUUGGCGCUGGGGAUCCCUCAGCCUCUCAGCUCCGAAUGCGACCGCGCACGCAUUCAAACCGCCCAUAGGAAAGCAUUACUCAAUGCUUUCCUAUGGACGUUCAGUGUGCUCCUCUAGCGGCUGUCAGUGAGACAGCCACUAGAGGCUGGAUUAACCCUCAGUGAAACAUAGCAGUUUCUCUGAAACUGCUAUGUUUUCAGCUGCAGGGUUAAAACUAGAGGGACCUGACACCCAGACAACUUCAUUGAGCUAAAGUGAUCUGGGUGUUUGUAGUGGUCCUUUAAGUGUGUGUGCAUCUGCAUGCACUGGCGUACAUACCGCGGUCGCAGGGGUCGCAGCCCUGUAACCCCUGCGACCAGGUGCCCACCGCCAUGUGUUGCGGCCCGGCCCACGCGCGGGGGGGCCCACGGAUCAAUUUUCGCACCGGGGCCCCAUGAGUGAUGUGUACGCCACUGAGUAUUUUAAAUAUUUGUCAAGCCAAAGAAUUGGCACAAACAUAACAAUUCCCUUGUCAAAGUGCCACUUUUCACUGCUUAUUGAUUACCACCAUAAUAAUACUUUAGUUGGGAAAAGUGCAUAAAGCAGUGUAAAUGAACUUUUUUUUGUUUUACCCAAAUUUAGCAUUUAAAUGGCUUUUUCCACGUGGCAUGCUAUAGUUUGUCAGAAUAUUUGAUUUUUGACAAUGCUUUUCUAAAAUUGGGCAAUCAAAUAUUUAGUUUUUAUGUAUAAUGAAACACACUAACCCUUUAUGUGAUACGUGCACACCUUUUAUAUGCACAUAUUGGUUUAUAUGAAAAUCCUUGAUCUUACAGUUUAUCUAUUAUUUCAUCAACUACAGUUUUACAGAAGAUGUCUACCCGAACAUAUUUCAGAAAUUAAAAGUGAAUUUAAAAUUUCAGGAUAAAAUAGCCAACUAGAAAAACAAAUUCUCCCGUUUUCAGUUCGAAAAUGUAAAAUUCCAAACAAUGUACAAUUUAGUGAAAACCUUUGAUGUUGUCUACGCCUUUGUUUGUCAGAUUUUGUGUUUGACUCCAGCUGUGUCUGGGGGGAAAACAUUUUUUUUACACAAAAAUAUAACAGAACGAGUAUAUUUUUUUCCACUACAAUAACACCACAAAAAAGAAACAAAAUGGAGAACUGAACAAUCCAGAAAUAGAUGUUUUUAAUAUACAGCUUGCUAAAUCCUUUCUCUCCCCUAAUCCUUUCUCUCCCCCAAACCUCUGUUUUGUAGGUAUCCAUAGCAACCUUUGGUGUGUACUUUUUAUUGGAUGAUGCAAAUGUUCUGACGGCCUCCAAAGUUUUUACCACUAUUUCGCUGUUUAAUAUUUUGCGCCUCCCGCUCUUUGACUUGCCCACUGUAAUCUCCUUGGUAAUGCAGGUAAAUAUAUACAUUUUUAUAUGCCAACGUUUUCUUACUUUUUGCUAAAAUAGAUGUUUUGUUAAUUUAUAAAUGUAUGCCCUGAAUACAAAUGUAUAAAGAUCUCGUAAAACGCUAUCUGGUGAUCUGUAUAAAGAUUAUCACACAGUAAGAGAAAAGGACAAUGAAAUUACAGCAAUGAAAGAAUUUUUAAAGAUAUAGAAAUGAUUGAUUUCAAAUCCCAAAUCGUCCUUUUUAAAAACGGUCAUGACAGAUAAUGUGGCAGGACCAUCACAAGUACGGAAAUGGACUGAGUGUAUUCCCAGCAAAGGAGAAUGUACAGUUGGAAUUAUUCUAAUUAACAGUGUUAAUAAUACCUCAUUGAUCAAACAAGAUAUCAGAUAAUCAGAAUAGUUAUUUUUUAAGCAAAAUAUGGAAUGGCUUCAAUAUGAGUCAGUAGGAGUAAUGUGAAUGCAUGGAAGGUUGAAUUUGAGUUAAAAGGACACCCCGAGCUGGAAAUAAACACUUGUUCUUUUAAAUACAGUAUACUUUACUCCCAGUGUCACUAGGAAUGGUAAAUAAAUGAGAAUUUCUACAGCAUGUAGUAGUCUGUUACCAUUUGGAAACAGAAGUUGAAGAUAAAUUUACACAUUCCUAAAGUUUUAUCAGCAGAAUGUAUUUGUUUAGCUUUAAUUAAUUUGCUCAAUCUGAACAAUUUACAGCAUGUAUAUAAAGCAAGGCAAGUUGUGUUACCUUGUAUUUUAAUAUUCCUGCUUGUGGCUCAGGUGUAUGAAUUAAAUUUUUCAGUCUUUUAUCAGCCCUUCUCACUGUGUUACUAUAUUGUAUGCCACCAAAUGUCUUGACUCCAUCUGGACAAAUUGUUACUGGUGUUUUUUAGCACAUUAUAUUUAAAGCAUUUUUAACACAUUUGUAUAAUCCUGUCAAUUUUAAAAAGCCGAAACACAUUUUCAAUCUGGUCACAAGAACAUUUUUGAGUAUUAUCAAACUCUAGUCACGGAAUAAUCUAUACCAACAUGGAAUGUUCUGUAACCUGAUGACAGGUGUGCUGCUGAUAAAGGAACACUAUAGACACCAUAACAACUCACCUGAAGUGGUAAUGGUGCUUGGGUCCCCUAGCACUGGUUCUCACUUCAAUGUUCAUUUUUGAAGGGUUUAACAUUGAAUGAGGGUCACCAGAGCCAUUGCUGAUUCUGGGUAUGGCUAAAUCACAAUUAUACUCCAGUUUAGCCAUACCAACGCUUACUAGCUGAAAUAGGCUUUCACGACUGCCUGUCAUCACUCAGGCAUAUAUGUACGCAUGAACCCAGCUAUUUUUGGCUGUUCUAAGUGAUCUCAUAAACUCUUGCUUGGGGAAUUAAGGAGUUAAUAUUCUUUUCCUAUAUAAUGCGUAUAUCUCUUUUAAAAUGUGGUUGAUACUCUUUUAGACUAAAGUUUCCCUUGGUCGAUUGGAAAACUUUUUUUGCGGAGAAGAACUUAAUCCAAAUUGCAUUGAAACUAAUUAUAAUGGAAGUAAGUAGAUUUUUUAAAAUAAAGCCCCCACCAUUUUUUCUGUCUUCCUACUUGCUAUGUUAUCUAUACAUGUUCGUGUUUUUGUACUACUAGAUCACUCUGUGGGUUUUGUUGGUGCUUCUUUGCAAUGGGAUAAGACAGGACCUUGUACUUUAAAAAAGUAAGUAGUUUAAUUUUAUAAGUAGUACUGAAUCUGUAUUCUCUACAUUUUUAAUAAUACAACGUAUGCAGAGAUCUGAUUAAACAGAUUUUGAUGCCACACAUGUAAUUUGACUCCCCAUUCUUUUUCUAAUAAUGAAAUGUUAAUUCUUAAUUUGUUUUUGUACUACGGAGUGUGCAUUUUCCAUCUUCCCUUGAACUCGUCAACUCUUCAACUUUUUCGGUAAAAAACAAAUGUCCUAAUAUUACCCUAAAUUUGUAAUAAAUAUAAUUUUACUUAAUUGGAUUGUUGUGGUACUACUACUGGAAUCUUGUUCUGCCUGUAUAGGCACCCUUGGGCUUUACAUAGAGAGCCUGACACGGCUCUGCAUCAUAUCUAAGUUUGAUCCUAAGACCUCUGCUAAAAAUCAGUAUAAGUAUUUUUAUUUAUUUUAUGUGUUACACUUUUGGUGGUUGUAUUAGUGCUUAUUAUUUUUACUAUUGUAUUCUCUAGUGCAAGGGGAGCACUUUGUAAAAUAUACACAUAAUCAAUAUUUACUCCAAGAAGCGACUAGAUACACUUUUUCCUUGUUAUUUUUAGUAAAUUCAAAUCUCUACAAGAUCAGGACAGCAAAGUCUGUUUUAUUAUUUGUAAAGAUAGAGUACAUGCCUCAAAUACAAAUACCUAAAUAGGUUUCUGUUAGGAGCAGUCUACAGCUUGUAUUUGGAAAAGUAAAUGCUUUAUUCCACCUAACUUUAAGAGAAUUUUAAAGUUUUUUUAUUUCUGUAAUAACACAAAUCAUUUGUAUUCUUUAGUUUAAAUAUGAAGAUUCCUGAAGGAUCAUUAGUUGCUGUGGUGGGCCAAGUAGGAUCUGGAAAAUCCUCUCUGCUUUCUGCUAUCCUUGGAGAAAUGAGCAAGUUGGAAGGAACUAUUCAGCGAAAGGUAAGAAUAUAUUGCAGAUAUAUAUGGUGUGGUACAGGGCCGGACUGGGAAGAAAAUUCGGCCCGGGCAUUUUUUAAUUACAGCGGCCCACUAAAAAGGGGGCGGGGGCAGAUAGGGUGUGUUUUGUCAUCACCAAUGACAAGCACGCCCCAUUGCAAAGUGAGCAUGUUGGUUCAAUGCUCUUCCAGGGUAGACCAUGCGCAGAGCUCUGCUGAAGAGCUCUGGCAUGAGAAAAAUACCCUUUAUUUGUUCUGCACAGCGCAAGCAAAUUUAAUAACAUGCUUGCACUGUGUUUGCUUGAAAUUUGUCUUUGGUGUCUCCAUAGUUGGGAUACCAGGAGACAAAAAUGCCAGGAAAGCAUAUUGCGCAGUGUGUGUGAGGGUGCUCUGUGUGUGUGUGUGUGUGUGUGUGUGGGGUGUAGUGUGUGUGAGAGAGGGGUGCAGUGUGUGUGUGUGAGUGAUGGGUGCUGUGUUUGCGUGAGGGUGCUAUGUGGGUAAGGGUGCUGUGUGUGUGAUGGGUGCAGUGUGUGUGUGCUGUGUGUGAGUGGGUGCUGUGUUUGCAUGAGGGUGCUAUGUGCAUGUGAGGAAGCUGUGUGUGAGGGUGCAGUGUAUGCAUGUGAGGAAGCUGUGAGUGUCAGGGGUGCAGUGUGUGUAAGUGAGGGUGUGUGAUGUGCGUGUCAGGGGUGCAGUGUGUGUGCUGUGCGUGUCAGGGGUGCAAUGUGUGUGUGUGAGGGUGCUGUGAGUGUUAGGGGUGCAUUUUGUGUGUGCUGUGAGUGUCAGACGUGCAGUGUGUGUGUGAGGGUGCUGUGAGUGUCAGGAGUGCAGUGUGUGUGUGAGGGUGCUGUGACUGUCAGGGGUGCAGUGUGUGUGUGAGGGUGCUGUGAGUGUUAGGGGUGCAUUUUGUGUGUGCUGUGAGUGUCAGGGGUGCAGUGUGUGUGUGAGGGUGCUGAGAGUGUUAGGGGUGCAUUGUGUGUGUGCUGUGAGUGUCAGUGGUGCAGUGUGUGUGUGACGGUGCUGUGAGUGUCAGGGGUGCAUUGUGUGUGUGCAGUGUGUGUGUGAGGGUGCUGUGUGUGUGUGCUGUGAGUGUUAGGGUUGCAGUGUGUGUGUGUGUGUGUGUGUGUGUGUGUGUGCUGUGAGUGUUAGGGGUGCAGUGUGUGUGUUUGUGUGCUGUGAGUGUUAGGGUGCAGGGUAUCUGUGAGUAAGUGAGACUGCUGUGCCCUGAGUGAUUAUAUCCCCCCUCCCUGCUUACCUUUAGCCUGGGAGGGGGGAUCCUGCUGCUGGGGCUGCCAUCCAUCCCUAGUGGUGAGUGAACUCUAGCGAGACCUGGAGCGUUGCCAUGGCAACGCUCCGACUCUCGCGAGAGGAACCCGGCGGAGCUGUAAGUUAGAGCUCCUCCGGGUUCCUCUGCUGGCAGGCUGGCUCUCUCCCCGCCGGCAGCCGCUAUAUCCUGCAUGUGGGCCGGUGAGGGAGAUCUUUGAUCUCCCCAAUGGCCCGCCAUGGACUACUGCAGGGCUGGCGCUCAGAUAGUGCCGGCCCUGCAAAGACCGGCAGGAGAGAUCCUGUGAUCUCCCUGCCGGCCUCGGCCCACGGCCACCGUGUCCCACUGGGCCUGAUGUGGUAGCUCUGUGGGUACGCAUGUAUAUGUUUUGAGGAAGGGGCUAUGUUUACUGUGAAGCAGAAUGCUAAAAGUAGAAUUUUUGUUGAGCUCCAGUAUUAGCAUUUAGCGUUAUGGUUGCUUUUUUCACAUAUACCUGUAGUUUUUCGUUAGUUAUUGCUCGUUACAUUAAGAAUGUUUGUGGAGCUAUACAUGUACGUCUAACCAACCUGUUUUUAAUUAAACACAGGGAUCUGUGGCCUAUGUUUCACAACAAGCCUGGAUACAGAACGCUGUUUUUCAAGAAAAUAUCCUAUUUGGGUUGACCUUCAAUAGACAUUUUUAUGAAGAAGUCCUGGAAGCUUGUGCUUUGUUGCCAGACCUUGAAUUAUUGCCAAAUGGUGACCAAACUGAAAUUGGAGAAAGGGUGAGUCCUUUAUUCAAGUGUUAGAAUUUCAACACGAAAUGUGCAAUUUGACGAUUUCUGCUGCUUUUUUUUCUAUCAGGGUUAUUUACUAAAAUGAGAAUUAAAAUUGAAUUUCAAAAUUAUGUUCAAAAUAGCCACACUGAAAAAAUUCUUUAAAUCAUCUAUGUUUCCAGUCCAGCUAUAUUGGCCUUAAAUUCAAAAUUCUGUUUGAAUUCUCACUUUACUGAAUAUCCCUGAAUAUCUGUUUUGAUAAUAUGCCAUCCUGUCCUAAAUAUGGUUUUAUGUUUUUGGCAGGGAGUGAAUCUUAGUGGGGGUCAGAAGCAGAGAGUAAGCCUGGCGAGAGCAGUUUACAAUAAUGCCGAUAUCUACCUUCUCGAUGACCCCCUGUCUGCGGUUGAUGUCCACGUUGGGAAGCAUUUAUUUGAUAAGGUCAUUGGUCACAACGGCCUGCUGAAAAAUAAGGUGAAUUUUUUUAAGCCACUAAGUUUUUUUGUUUUUUUUUAAAUGAGUAAUGUUGCUUAACCUCUAAUACCAGUUUAUAAUAUGAAGUUUUAAAACAAUCUAAAUAAAUCACUUUUGCUUUGGAACCAAAACGCUCAAGCACUCAUUUCAAAUUAAUAAAGUAACCAUGUUUAUCAGAGAUGGACAUCAAAGGGUACUUCCUCUACCGUAAUCCAUAGCAAUUUACCUGAACAUUUAAUCACUGCCCACCGAAGCUGAAAUUUAUAGAAGUGACGUGUCCAAGAUGAACACCUACCAUAUGCUGUUGAGAAAGGUUGAUCCAGAUAACUCUGUUGUGGCUUGUGGUGUGAAUAUAUCGUUGUAAUAUUUCUAUGUAUAAUAUUUCUAUUCAUAUAGAUCAGUGGGUCAUAAUCAUGUGAUAAAACCAUAAAUUGUGCCACAUGCUGUUUCUCUAUUCAUAGGGUUCCCAUAUGGUAGGACUAACCACAUCAUUCUUUACGCAACGGAAUGCAAUAAAUUGUUUACUGUAGCUGUGCUGACUCCCCCACUGCUAUUGAGAGAUCUCUGUGAUGUCUGGGACAGAAUUUCAAUGUUUUGCAGACUUUAUGUUAUAAAAUAUGCUGGUAUAUGAGAAUGGCUCGCUGGCCUAAUUUUACAUUAGUAAAAUGGAUCCGCAACUUAAUAGUUGCUAUACUAUACUAUAUACUGUUAUAUACUAUAACAUAUACAUUUUAAUUUAACACAAGUAAUUGUGACUAUUGUAUUGUGUUAACAUUUUUUCCAUACCUUGCAUGAAUUUUUUGCUCGGCUAAUUUAUUCUUUCCUCCCAGACCCGAAUUCUUGUGACCCACAGCCUGACUGUCCUUCCACAUGCAGACCUCGUUGUGUUAAUGGAGGGAGGACAAAUAGUUCAAUUUGGAACAUAUGGCGAUCUGAUCUCUAAAAGGCAAAACUUUGCUGAUAUGAUUCAAGUUCUGAAUGCAGACGCUGAAAAAGAAGGUCUGAAUAAAGAAGAAUGUAAGUAGUUUUUUUUUUGGUGGGGGGGAUCCUAAACAAAUCCCUACAACAUGCUUAGUAGAAUGUCCCACUGCUACUGGUUUGUAUCACCAAAUGUUCUUUAAAAUCAGUUUUUCCAAUGAGAAUGUUUUACUGGCUUGUGAAAAAGUUGCUUACAUUUUUCAGUUUGGUUUUUAGUUUGGCAGUUUUAUUCUGAAUAAUGUAUAAAGAAAUUAUGUUUAUGUUACUACUUCUUUGUGUCACUUUUCAUUUAUUUAUUUUUUCAUUGACUAAAAUAAAAUCUGAUCUUUGUUCAGCAAGUCCCUUGAAAGCCAGAAAUGUGAAGAAGAUACCACAAAGGGAUAUUUUGGCUCAAAAAGAGAGGUAUGUAGUGUGUUUUUUUUUUACAAUUAGCAGACCAAUUACACACAGAAAUAAAAUUAAAAUGUAGUGUUUGAGAUCAAAAUAUUGUUCUCUUUUGAAAUCAUGGCCGGAAUAGUUGCUGUUUACUCACCCCACGUCAGUGGUUAUGGUGCCAGCUGGUCACUGAUGCCAUUCCGUUGUACUGCGUUAAAUCGUGUUUGAGCAGUUUGACACAAACUUAGUCACGCAGGUGCCCAUGGCUCAGACCCUGGCUGGUGAUAUUGCUAAUGAUGUAGCUACACUUAUCAAUAUCAUAUUUGGACAAAAUUAAUUGACUUAGCUGACACACUUAGCCAAUCAAUGCCAACCAAACCUGAACAAAAUUGACAUUGCUAAUGCAGAUGUCCAAUGCAGAUUUGGAAUGUGCCAAGGCCAAACUAGCACCAAAACAACUACACCAACACAUAGUGGUUGUGGUAUUAAGCUAUCUAUGUUCAUUAUGCUCUUUGAAAUAUUGUCUUUUAAAUGGGAUUAAACUACAACUCCUAUAAAUAUCAGCCAAUCAGAAAUAUAUGUAACUGCUGUCAGACUUGUCUUUAAAAGUUAAAUGCAGGCUAUACUUGGAUUAUGGAGUCUGGUUUCAUGUUAAUAUAUUAAUUACAUUCAGUAAAGCGGUUCUGUCAUUUUUUUUCCAUUGAAUUUUAUUUUUAUUAAGUCCUCAUAAUGCCCCACCUGGCUCUAUGUUGUCUGUCAUGACAUCUAUCACCGUGAAAUGUAUUGUUCUGUUAUUGACGGUACUUUAUAGCUCAACCCAGGAUAUCAUGCAUUAAGCUUCUCUUGACCUUCUGUGGCAGCGAAUGAACUUGCAUGUAGAGCAAGAGAUUCGGUAUUCAUGCACACUAGGACUUACUGAAGUAGGAAACACCACAUAGGAACAAGCUAACACAGUGUGUAGUAUCACUGAAUAUCCAAAACUGUCUUAAGGCACAUAUCCGAUUAAAAACACAUAUACAAUGUUUUGGACUGUAGCCUUAAUCACGCAUAUCGAGUUUCAGUUCUUUACUCUUUCAACGUGUUUCCUAAUUAGCAAAUUUAGAUGUAGGUGCCAUGCAUGUAUAUUUUGAGAACAGUUAUAUUUAAACUUGGGGGAAACUACAUUAACCUUACUUAUUGAGUAUCUAUGGUGUGAAUAUAUGAGUGAAUAGGUUUAAACAUAGAAACAUAGAAUAUGACGGCAGCUAAGAACCAUUCGGCCCAUCUAGUCUGCCCAACUUUCUAAAUACUUUCAUUAGUCCCUGGCCUUAUCUUAUAAUUAGAAUAGCCUUAUGCCUAUCCCACACAUGCUUAAACUCCCUCACUGUGUUAACCUCUACCACUUCAGCUGGAAGGCUAUUCCAUGCAUCCACUACCCUCUCAGUAAAGUAAUACUUCCUGAUAUUAUUUUUAAACCUUUGUCCCUCUAAUUUAAGACUAUGUCCUCUUGUUGUGGUAGUUUUUCUUCUUUUAAAUAUAGUCUCCUCCUUUACUUAUGUGUUGGUCUAAGCAAAAUAAUCACUACAUGUGACAUCUCAAACAAUAAUUGUUUUUGUCUAAAUUAACAAAAAUACUAAGAAUACACUCAUGCUGUACGUUACAAAUGUUCUCCCUUCCCCGAAGACUGCAGCUUCCAAAACUUUGACAGACGCAGUGUCUUUGGUCUAAUUCGAAGGUUUAUCUGUUGAGGUUGCUCAACUCUUUGGGAGCCAGAAUGAUGACCAAUUCCAUUACCGUUUUAAAACAUAUGCUUACUGGGGCCAUGCGUUCCUUGGCAAUCUUAUCAACAUUGACAUUCAAAAUUAAAAAAAGAUUUUUGUACAACAGAUUUUUUUGUGUGCAUUAAAAAACAUGUGCUUCAAAAAUAAAUAAAUAAAUAAAUACAAGGAGUUUAACCUAAGUUGCCAGAGUGAAAAACAAAACACUAAACCAUUGAGGCUGUAUGGUAACACAUGUAGUAACAAAGCUAAGCUCCAACACUGUCUGUCUGUCUGCUGAUAAUGUGUUGUGACUGCCUAUAAUUUAUCCUCUCUACCAGCAGUGUGCACUGUCAAUGUGUUCCCCAAUCCCAUCCAUGUGUGUGUCUGAAACAUGCUGGUAGAUUAUUUCAGAUUUCCAGGGACAGUUCACACCAUUGUUAUCUUUGUCCUGAAUUCUCAAUUCUUCUUCUUUUUUUUUUUUUUUUCUGUGCUGUAAAUUAAUCAGGAGAUGUGGGGAUGGGUUCUCCAGAGAGUCCAAUUCCAUGGGUAAAGUCUCACCAUUUUUAAACGUCAUCACCUACAACUGCCCUCCAGGGUCACAAAUGAAAUCUGAUUUUCAGGACAAUGCCUGGCACAUUGGUCGGUUAUUUACUUAUUAACUGUUUUGGUUUUUGUUUUUUUAAACAGGCCAUCAUUUCAUGCUCAGAAACAGACUACAAUAGGUAAAGAAAAGGUGGCAACUGGAAAUGUAAGUAAAUAUAUUUGCUAAUGCAAAUGACACACAUGUAUUUGUGAUCUGUUCAUUCUGGUUUUAAUUGGUGGUCACAUCCUUUGAUGUUUUGCAAAUAGAACAGUUUUUAAUUAUAUUCACACGGUGAAUGUCUACCAUCUCUGUUUUUUUAGGUUAGCAAUAUGUUUGGUAGUAGCAUUUGUCUUAUUUAUUUUUUUUACUUUUCAAUCUUUCACUUAAAGUCAUGGGAAAUAGGACACACACCCUCUUUGCAUUCUGUUCUUUUACACAUCAGGACAUAAUACCGGAUACACGGUGUAAUAUGUCACGUGUUGUUGUUCAUCUGAUGAUAUAUUUGCCUAAUUGUAAGACCUGCUAACAAACAGAUGAUUGUUAUUAUGUCCUGUUAUGUAAAUUCAAAGAGGGUGUGCUUUCUUUUUACAAUGACUGUAAUAUACAUAUAUUGUAUGAAACUAUAAACAUGAUUCAAGUUUUUUGUAUGCACAAUCAAACAGAGGUGAUUCACUUUACAAUGAUGGCCUCUUGAGAAAUUAACUCACUUUAUUAGCAAGGUAUGCCUGUACACUUGGCAUUCCACUAAGCCUUAAUAUACUAAUUGUGAAUUGACCCUCAAAGUUUGUUCUAAGCAAUGCUUGUAAGUAUAGGACACAAACAAAAAUGGAACAUUGGGAUAACUGGUAAAUUCUUACUGAACAUGAAUGGAGAAGGGUAAUACAGAAGCACUGUUAAAUAAUUAGGCCUAAUAUAAAUGAUUAAGUCCAGGCCCAUAAAGACUUUGAUCUAGUACUGGUUACUUGGUACUUGGUAAUGGCUUGAUUAGGUGAUGCUGGAUGCUCUUCCUGGUGUAUUGAGGCCCUGAUGAUAACACAUAACAGGUGAACGAUUGCAGGUGAACAGUCUGACAUUGGGAGAGGCAAGAUAAGGAUAAAAGUUAAAAGGACACUAUAGUCACCUGAACAACUUCAGCUUAAUGGUUGUUCAGGUGAGUACAGUAGCUUCUGCAGGCUUUUUCAUGUAAACACUGUAUUUUCAGACAAGUGAGUAUGUCAGAGAAAAUACAGUGUUUACAUUAGAACCUGUGUGAGAGUGAGUAAGUGGGUGAGUGAGUGACUGGCUGAGUGUGAGUGAGAGGGAGUGUGAGUGAAAGUGAGUUAGUGAGUGAGAGGGUUAGCGAGUGAGAGUUAGUGAGUGAGAGCUAGAGAGUUAGUGAGUGAGUGAAUAUGUGAGAGAGAGAAAGUGAGUGAGAGAGUUAGUGAGUUAAUGAGUGAAUUAGUUAGAGAGAGUGAGAGAGUUGGUGAGAGUUAGUGAGAGUGAGCGAGCGAGAGUGAGAGAGUGAGUGAGUGAUAGUGAGUGAUAGAGUUAUUGAGUAAGAGAGAGUUAGUGAGUGAGAGAAAUAGAUACAGAGACACAGCGAUAGAUACAGAGAGAUAGAUAGAUAGAAAGAGAUAGAUAUAAAUAGAUAGAGAUAGAUAGAAAUAAAUAGAUAAAUAGAAAUAAAUAUAUAGAUAGAGAUAGAUAGAAAGAAAUAUAUAAAUAGAUAGAGAUAGAAAUAGAUAGGUAGAGAUAGAUAAAUAGAGUGUGUGUGUGUAUGUUUACAAUAUUUAAAAUUUGUGUGUUUUUGGAAACACACAAACUUUGGGCUGAGGAGGGUUGCGGUAGGAGGAGGCAGGCAUAAACAGCGAGCUGAGCUGUCAGUCACCUCAGCUCUCAAACGCGCAUACCGCACACAUGCGCAGUAGAGCACUUAGUUCAUUCAUAGAGUGGCAUUCAAUGCCGCUCUAUGAAGAACGCGAUCAAUUAGAACCAUCUGACUGAGUCCUGCUACUUCGGCAUUUUUACGAAAAAGGGGGCGUGGCCUGCCGAGGAGCUUGGCACUGGAACGGAGGUAAGUUUAAAUCAUAAAAAGCACUCAAAUUUGUACUUCUUUUUAAUGGGAAACUAAUUUAAAAGCAGGAAAGAAGGCUAGGGGACCUGUAUUUUUGCUUUUAUAUGUUGACUAUAGUGAUCCUUUAACUCAUGCCUGAUGUAGGUCUUGUCUGUUCCUGAAAAGUAAUCAUGGAUCGCCUUGUAUUGACCUUCUAAAUCUUUGAUAAUGCUUUGGGUACAGCUUGGGUUUAAAAGUUAUUUAAUUACUUAAAAUACGCCUAUAGACACUUUAGAAUAGUGAUUGAUACUAUCAGAUAUUAUGUAAGAAGAGGAUUGCCUGUCAAACUGGAAACUAGCCUGAAAUCUUCUGACUGCCAUAUAUUUAACAUUAUUUUACUUUUUCAUAGAUGAAAAUGUCUGUUGUGAUGAAGUAUCUACAAGCGUUUGGAUGGUUUUGGGUGUCCUUUACUGUAAUUGCAUAUGUUGGCCAAAAUGCCAUGGCAAUAGGUCAAAAUGUGUGGCUCAGUCAGUGGACAAUGGAAGCCAAAUUAAUUAAAGAUGCCAAUGAAUGGACAGAACUAAGGAGCAAUAAACUUGGAAUAUAUGGCAUUUUAGGAUUUGUACAAGGUAUGAUUUGAAUGCAUUGGGCUUUUUUUAUUAUUUGAAAUGAGUUACACCGUUCACGUUUUAGACUUUCUACCAAUAAAUCUCAUAAAACAUUUUUGACCAAACUCUGUGAUUCUUGAUUUCCAUGUCUUGUUAAAGCUAGUAGUUUGAAACAUUGUACACAUUACUACGUGUUUAAUUGUUAAUGUUGAUCCUUUUGUUAACAGGUAUUUUUGUGUGCUAUGGUGCAUAUGUGAUCACAAGAGGAACAAUUUUUGCCUCCCGAUCAUUGCAUAACCAGAUGUUGGAUGAUAUUCUGCAUCUUCCUCUUCAGUUCUUUGAAACAACACCAAUGGGUCAAGUGCUAAACAGAUUUACCAAGGUAGGCAAGGGACACUUUUUUUCUGCAGCUUGUUUCGAUGUACCUUUGGGAGUCCUGAAUAUGCAUUACAUUCAGGAUUCAGUCUUAACGUACGGGAAAUAAGUGGUUAAAAUGCGGAUCUCUAUUUUCACAUUAAAGGAAAUAGUCACCAAAACAACUACAGCUUACUUUCAGGCGUUUUCAUGCCUUUUCAGAGGUCCCACCGCAUUCUGCCUCAUUGACGAUUUGAGCCAAUCCAAUGCUUUCCAUAUGGGAAAGAAUUAGAUUGGCUAAAAAUUGUAAAUUCUGAUGAUGUCUCCAAGCAGGCAGAUCAGUAAGUUUUACCCCUUCUAAGGAGGUUAAGGGGGAAUAAGCCACCUAAAUGAUGAUUUUAACACUAUAGGGUCAGGAAUACAUGUUUGCGUUGCUGACCCUAUAUUGUUCCUUUGAAGUUGUUCAUCACAUGAGGUGUUUUGACCAGUUUUUGUCUCUAUGUCUGCCAACAGAGUACUUGACUCUAAUCAGAAAAUAUUAUUUGUGGCUGGAUAUAUUUUUAAAGGGACACUAUAGCAUUAGUAAUACAAACAUGUAUACAUGUUGCUGUGUUAUACUAUAUGUUUGGAUUAGUAAGAAAAAAAGCAGAUUUACAUAAUCUAUUUCACCCUAUGCCAGGAUCCAUGUGUUUGUCCUGCCUCUGCUGGCCAAGAUCAUUAAUAUUGAUAAUCUCAGUUUAUCCAGUGUUUCCCCAUAAAGAAGCAUAGAUACUCCGAAAGUCGUUCUUGCAUUUUUUUAUUCAAACGUUAGCAGUUUAUUAUAAGUUAUUAUAGGAUAAUAAACAUAAAAUAAACAUUCCAUUGGCACAUUGCAUCAGGAAGCAGCCCCAAUAGCCAUGGGAAUCCCUCAUUCUAAACUAACUUUAGAUGAGACAUCAGCCUGAUGAGUUGGAUGUAGUGGUUUCGGUGCCUAUAGUGUCCCUUUAAAAACAGAAGAUAUAUUAAGAUAGGAAGAUUUAAAGGGAAACUGUAAUUCCCAACUGUUUUAAUAUUAUGUUUACUUAUCCCUCUAUUUAACAGAUAUAUAUGUAUUUGUAAUGUGUGAAAAAUGUCCUCUUCAUUUGCAAUAUUUGCCCUGACUUUCCUUGCCUGAAUUGGAUUACGAUGUAAUUUGCUACACGUGUAAUGUAAAUGUAAAUGUAAAAGAAAAUGAAGCACCUUAUAAAAAAGAUUAAUACACAUUAUAUAUGAUUUUCAAUGUUUUAUUCAAUAGUGUAAUUUCCAGAGAAGUCUUUAAUAGCAUUUUCAUUUAGGAUACAACCACAAAGAAAAAAAGUUAAUCUCCCCAGGUCUCCAUAUUACAAGCUGGUUACUAGAUAUGUGUACAUUAGAAUUAGAUUGUCCUUCCCACUGAUGGACCUCAUAGUGUGCAGCUCUUGUUAUGCUACAAGCCUCAGACUAGAUGUUGGAUGCUUUAGCCGUUCUUCAUAGCUGCUCAGCUUAAUAAAUGGUGAUCCGGAGAGUCUGGCCUGCUUAGUUGUCCUUAAAUAAAUGUCUGUGAAUAUCUCUAGGUGAUUGGGCAGAUUAAUAUUUCAAGUUUGGUCUUUGAUCUUAUCUGCUCUUGCAAGUGGUGAUUGAAAAGCUGACGUAAGAUAAGUUCACUGUCUUAAAGAGGAACUGGGACUCCCAGAGAAGUGUCAGUUCCUUGUUUCUCCACUCCAGUAAAUGCUAUUAUAGCAUUUAUUGGGGUGUUAAGAGCAGCAGAGGUAAGUAAAAAGCUUACUUACCUCCGCUGUACUUUGGCAUUGCUGAAGGAAUGCCCAUGAUGCCUCUGCUAGCUAGAGUUUGCUAAUUUGACGGGCACCUGGCCGGCAAAGUAUUUAAUUUAAACUAGAAUGAGCAAAAAAAUAAUUAAAAUGUUUACUUAUCUAGUUGUGCUAAAAUUGAGGAAGUGACAGCUCCUUUUUAAAGGACCACUAUAGGCACCCAGACCACUUCAGCUUAAUGAAGUGGCCUGGGUGCCUGGUCCAGCUAGGGUUAACUCUUUUUUUUAUAAACAUAUCAGUUUCAGAGAAACUGCUAUGUUUAUAAAUAGAUUAAUCCAGCCUCUAGUGGCUGUCUCAUUGACAGCCGCAAGAGGCGUUUGCGUGCUUCUCACUGUGAAAAUCACAGUGAGAAGACGCCAGUGUCCAUAGGAAAGCAUUAUGAAUGCUUUCCUAUAAGACUGGCUGAAUGCGCGCGCAGCUCCUGCCGCGCAUGCGCAUUCAGCCGAAGAGGAGGAGAGGAGGCGGAGAGAAGGAGGAGAGCUCCCCACCCGGCGCUGGAGAAAGAGGUAAGUUUAACCCCUUCCUCCACCUAGAGCCUGGCGGGAGGGGGUCCCUGAGGGUGGGGGCACCCUCAGGGCACUAUAGUACCAGGAAAACGAGUAUGUUUUCCUGCACUAUGGUGGUCCUUUAAGUUAAUCAAGGUUACACUAUGAUUAUUGUAUAAAUAACAGGUUUUGCCAAAAUUACUAUUCAACAAUUUGUUGUUGCAGGAUGUGUACGUGAUUGAUGAGCGGUUCCAUUACUACUUGCGCACUUGGCUAAACUGUAUGCUGGAUGUUCUAGGGACGGUUUUAAUCAUCAUCUAUGCAACACCCCUUUUCACAUUGGUUAUUAUCCCACUUGCUUUCUUCUAUCUACUAAUUCAAGUAAGUGACACAUUACAGAUUCUAUGUAAAGGAACACAGCAAAACACCUAAAGAUUAAUAUCACAUAAUGCUUUGAAUAGGUCAGGGUUAUUGUAUCAAUGUAUAUUGACCAUGUCUGUGAGCAAUAAAACGUAACAAUUAAGAAUCACCUUGGCAGCUGUUUAACCCCUUAAGGACCAAACGUCUGGAAUAAAAGGGAAUCAUGACAUGUCACACAUGUCAUGUGUCCUUAAGGGGUUAAGAAAGGUUAUUUUGCAAAAAAAAAAAAAAAUAACAAUAAGAAAGCUAGAAAGAAUAGAUUUAAAUAGUCAAGAGAUAAAUGAGGAGAACAUUGUCAGUUGCAUUGUAACAGAUCAGAAUGAAAACGGAGUUUGAUAUUUGCAUUAUCACUUGUAUUCAGGAAGGAAUGUCAAUGUAUUUAUUCCUUUAUGAUAGAUGACUUUUCAAGCAUUUUUCCGAUUACAAAAGAUAUGUCUAACCCUCUUCACAUAGGGGUAAAUAUUAUUUGCUUAGGACCGGUUUGAUAUUCACUAAAAUUAACUAUUCAAUCAAACCUGUAAGAACUGUUCUAAAAAUGAUAUUUAUUUCUAUGAACCCCAAAGUUGUUUUAACAAUCGUUUUUUCUGUACAUCAUCAGCGGUACUACAUUGCAAGCUCGCGGCAAAUCAGAAGACUCGAUGGGGCAUCUCGCUCCCCAGUAAUCUCCCACUUUGGUGAAACACUGUUAGGGGUUUCUACCAUCCGAGCUUAUGGUCAUCAGGAGAGAUUCCUGAAUCAGAACAAACAUGUGGUUAAUGAAAACCUUGUGUGCUACUAUAAUAAUGUCAUCUCAAAUAGGUAGGUUAUCGAACACACAACAGAUUGAUUACAGUAAAAAUGUGUCAUAGUCUGCAAAAUGUGUGACCCAGCUAAUGUAAUUCAUUAGUGACCGUCUGAUGUAGAUACCCAAGAACCAUUCUCAUUCCCUUUGUAGAUCUUCCCAUAUAGACAAAGAAAGAGAGCAGCUCCAGCUACAUAAGGUGAUAAGCUACCCACUAAAGUAGACGGGGUUAGCAAGAAAAGAAGCUCAAUGGCAGAAGAACUCACUGUAUGGCCAAACAUAUGCAGGCACCUAAUAAAAGAACAUCUAAUUGAAACCUUGUGGGCAUUCAUAUAAAGCUGAUCAUCCUUAGCUAGAACAACUUAUAAAUAACAUUGCAAUUGUGUAGUAUAUGAUCUUGACGUUACUCACAGUGAAGUUAGAGGUACAUUAAAUUAUUAAAGGGACACUAUAGUCACCUGAACAACUUCAGCUUAAUGAAGCAGUGUUGGUGUAUAGAACAUGCCCCUGCAGCCUCACUGCUCAAUCCUCUGCCAUUUAGGAGUUAAAUCCCUUUGUUUAUGAACCCUAGUCACACCUUCCUGCAUGUGACUUGCACAGCCUUCCAUAAACACUUCCUGUAAAGAGAGCCCUAUUUAGGCUUUCUUUAUUGCAAGUUCUGUUUAAUUAAGAUUUCCUUAUCCCCUGCUAUGUUAAUAGCUUGCUAGACCCUGAAGGAGCCUCCUGUAUGUGAUUAAAGUUCAAUUUAGAGAUUGAGAUACAAUUAUUUAAGGUAAAUUACAUCUGUUUGAAAGUAAAACCAGUUGUUUUUUUCAUGCAGGCUCUGUCAAUCAUAGCCAGGGGAGGUGUGGCUAGAGCUGCAUAAACAGAAACAAAGUGAUUUAACUCCUAAAUGACAGUGAAUUGAGCAGAUAAAUUGCAGGGGAAUGAUCUAGACACUAAAACUGAUUUAUUUAGCUAAAGUAAUUUAGGUGACUAUAGUGUUCCUUUAACUUCACUUAGGCGAAAUCUGGGGAGAGGUAUUCUUCUGUAUGCUGCAGAAUUUGAAGUAUUCCCUGUUUGGUGCCUGAGUUGGGUGGCUGAUGUGCAGAUUUAUACAAUCUCUACAGCUUUUAACUGAUGGCCCUCUGAUUUUUUGUGAAACUCCACUUCUUAAGGCCGCAGGUAUCAGUCAUGCAGAAGCUGUUACAAUAAACUGCUGCUUUUGAAGAGAAUGGAAGGUUCUCUGUUCUCUCCAGCAGUGUGAGGUCUAUAGCACACUGACCAUGGCUGAAAUUACACCUGUCAGGGCUAAAUUCCAACUUGUCAUUGGCUAGUGGACAAGUGAAAAUUGUGAGCCCUGACCAUUAAAACCACAAAGUAGCAACUGAUAAUACCUCCAGAUUGAUCCUCGUUAUAUAGUAAGCAGUGCAUUAUAUAAUGUUUGCGAUGGGUAGGUAUAGAGAUAAUUGGUGUAAAAUUACUAAACACUUCCUAUCUCAAGCAUAUAUACAAUAACAAUACUGUAUUAAAAUUACACUUUUAAAAUGUCUACAGUUAGAUACCAUGAUAGACUGAUAAAACAGUUUAUUGUAUUUGUUUGUUUUCCUGGCUGGAUAUUUCCUCGAUGAAUAAAACUGGGAGUGACAUUGUAACAAGUCACAAGCUGGACAUUCCAGUCUAGUUGCAGCAUCCCAAAUUAUAACGUAUCACACCCAGGGAUUCUGGGAUACAAUGACUAGAUUAAUGUGAGCAACAUAAAUGUAUGUAGAGCUCUAUAUUACGCACAAAACCACCAUAUAUAACUGCAGAUUCUUACUGGGCUGACUUAUUAAGAUACACAUUGCUAUGAGUUUUAUGUCUGUGACUCACGUGCUUUCAUACACUUCACAUACAACUACCUUUACUUAAUCAGAAAAGUAUACCUAAAGAAUGUUUGCACAAACGGUACACUUCUUGCCUCAAAUACAUGUCCUUUUUUACAACUCUCAUCCCAUGUGGACAGGUGGCUUGCAGUAAGAUUGGAGUUCCUGGGAAAUCUAAUGGUUUUCUUUGCUGCCCUGUUCGCUGUUCAGGCUGGUGAUAAGAUGACUUCGGGCACAGUGGGUUUAUCGAUUACAUAUGCUCUAAAUGUGAGUAUUUUCGAGAAGCAACCUAAUGGACAGCAUUUUCAAAGAGUUCUACUGGUAUUAUAUACAGCAAGCUGGGAUCAUGGCAACACUGACCUGACCAAUAAUAGUUUUACUUGGAACUGUAUAUACAUUUCAUACAGAAUCCUGAAUAAGUCAUUCAAUUAGAAUAGAAAUUAAAUUCAUAUAUAUGUUUACCACAAGCUCAUUUUACCAAUCCUCACUCCAACCAAUCACAAUAAAGUAAAAUCUCUAUCUAUAUGACUUUUACUGUUUUUGUUGUAAAUACUGCAUAUGCUGGUCCUGUAGACCUGUUAAUUCUUUUUGUGUGUUAUUGAUACUUAUUUUAAUAUCUCUACUUCUAUGCCUUUUUCUACUGGCUAUGUUCUGUUUGUUUCACCAAGAUAUUGAUACAUUAAAAACAGAGCAGCUGCAACAUUAUUGGAAUAAACACAUGAUCCAUUUGGCUGCUUUGUUUCCAGUUAUAAUACUUUUAUCAUGAUAUAGUGUCAAGAGUCUCGGUUAUUAGUUAUGAGUGGUUUAUAGUGCUGUGGAUGCAGCGAUUACAUUGGGGGAAUGCAGCACCCAAUAGAAUGCUUCAUAUAGGGAGUAAUUUCUAAUGAUUCCAUAUGGAAGCUCUCCACUUCCUAAUAUAACCAGCAUCCCUCCUUGCUGUCAGCUUCACUACUGGAUGGGUGUUCCUAAAUUAAUUUAUAAAAGUGCUGAUUUCUCUUGAAACUUGCACUUUUAUGAAACUGAACAAAGUGUGGGAGGGUGGCGGGGCAUGCAGUAAAUCCCUAAAGCACCUUAGGUUUUGGGGUUCCCUUCAUUGAAGCAGAUUACUACACUGUAUCAUAUAACUAUACCUCAUAUAACUAUAUAUUUGACUGUGAACUUGUCUGUGAGUUGUUCCCCUUCCCCAAGCAUUUCAAAUGCUUCCACCAAGGGUUUACUACAGACACAAGUCGCUAUAACUAACUCCGCAUUACCAGGUUACACAAGGUACAAGCAAACACCGCCCACUUUAUUCAGUUGCAGUAGCCAGCAGCAAAACAUGACAGAGUAGUCCAUUCACACAGUAACUGCAGGUAUAUCAAAUGGCUUAAUGAGUGCUUCAAAGCAGUAUCUUUCACUGUCCAGCCAAAGAUUGCUUUUCCUGUACACCAAACAUUCUUUUGUUGCCUCCUGUGUGACAAAGCACUAACCUUUAUUUUAGUAUAUAUAUAUAUAUAAUAUCUCUGUAUUUUAAUGUGUACAUAAUUUUAUAUAUUUAGUCAGUACAACGUUAAACAAAUAUCUGCACACCAGUCAAGCUAUAAGACUUGCUUUUCCCACAGAAUUUGCAGCAAUGAUACUACCGCAAAGGAUUCUGUGUGGGCAUAUUCAAAUAAGUUUAACAAAGAAUCACAUUUUUGCCUCAUUCCAUUUUAAACAUGGAUUCCUUUGAGUCUGUGUUUGCUGUAUACAACAGUGUGGAACACAACUUAGGAAAAGAUGCAAAGCCAGUGAAACAGUCAUGGACAGCUGUUUCGUUGUUAAUGCAAAUCAUCAGCAUGAGGUUGGUUAGUGGCUUGCUAUUGAGGCUUGGCAGUACUUGCAAAGCAAAACCCCCAAAAAUUAUGGUGGGGAAAAAAAUUGUGAUUGGAACCCUUUCCACCUGAAGUCAGUGGAUAGUUAAUACAAUGUUAAACAAACAUCUGCACACCAGUCAAGCCAUAAGACUUGCUUUUCCCACAGAAAUCCCAAAUCAGCAGUGAUGUUACAACCGCAAAGGAUUCUGGGUGGGCAUAUGCAAAUUAGUUUAACAAAGAAUCACAUUUUUGCCUCAUUCCAUUUUAAACAUGGAUUCCUUUUAAUUUGUGUUUGCAGUAUACAACUGCUUGGAACACAAUUUAGGAUAAGAUGCAAAACCAGUGAACCACUCAUGGACAGCUGUUUCGUUGUUAAUGCAACUCUUCAGCAUGAGGUUGGUUACUGGUUUGCUUAUUGAGGCUUGGUAGUGCUUGGGAAGCAAAAUCCAAAUAGGUUAUGGUGGGGAAAAAUUGUGAUUGAAACCCCCUUCCACCUGAAGUAUGUAGAUAGUUAAUACAAUGUUAAACAAACAUCUGCACACCAGUCAAGCCAUAAGACUUGCUUUUCCCACAGACUUCAGGUGGAAAGGAUUUUCAAUCACAAUUGUUCCCCACCAUAGCUUUUUUGGUUUUUGCUUUAUAGACCAGUUUGUUUCAAUGACAGAGUUAUUCUUACUGUAAAGUUACUGCUUUGCACUUUUAAAAACAAUGUACUGAAUAUUCAUCUGUUUCCCAAAAGCAGCAGUUACGUGGAUAUUUAGAGACCUCAAUUUUUUGUAAUGAAAAUAACUUUCAUUAAACAUGGAAAACCUUUUUAUCUUCUAUCUAGAUUACUCAGACGUUGAACUUUUGGGUUCGAAAAGCCUGUGAAAUUGAAACUAAUGGAGUUGCAAUUGAAAGAAUUUGUGAAUAUGAAGAAAUGGAAAAAGAGGUGAAUGAAAUAAAUGGAACUAGUAUUAUACAGGCCAAAAAUCUUAAAUAGCCAACUUUGUAACCUAAUUUGACAGUGGCACAUAUAAAGUGUAAGAAAUACUCAGCAAAAAUGUAACAUGUAUGCACAAAUCCCAUUUGUUUCCCCCUCACCACAAACAUUGACAUAAAUUGGUGAAAAAAGUGUGACAAGUUAAGUCACAAUAUACACCAUAAUAGAUACCCUGGGGUGUCUGCUUUAUCAAAUGGAAGCCCUUUGUGGGGUUAUUUGAACAGUCAAACAACCAUAAUAUCCCAAAAUGAGACAUAGGCCCAUCAUAUCCAUCUAUGAACAUUCUAACUAUAGAAACUGAAAUAGCCUUGUCUCUUAUAUGGCAUUGUAGCUUCACAGAUUAGUGCCAAAGGCAUACAAUGGGGGUAUCGUCAUAAUCAGUAAAUUUAGCUGAACACAAUAUAGGGUUCUGUACAGGAAUAGCACACUCCAGGUUUAAGAAAUACACAUUACAAAAACCUUGUUAUAUGUGUAAAUGCCAAAAUAGAGAAAAAACACAAUUUUACUCCAAUAUUUAGCAGAGAUUGGCGAUGAAAUGGCUACGUAAAAAGUGUCAAAAUAACCUUAGGUAAAUAGCCUGUGAUGUCUACUUUAUGUAAAUAUAUACUUUUGUGUGGCAAUUUUGUUUUCUCUGGUGGCUACUAAACCUACAAGACAAACAUACCAACUUCUAAAAUUGUUUCACAUUGACAUUUUAUUUUAGUCCUUUUAUUUUGUGACCUGUAACUUUCAAAAUAAGCUGAAAUCCUAAAAUUUACUCUAUAAAUCAAGACACAUAAAUGAAUUUAUUUUGAAUUACUUUUUGUAGGCUGGACAUAUUAUGCACACGCUAUUAUUGCCAAAACUGUGAAAAAAAUGUAUUUUUUGGCAUAUGUUUUAUAAUUAAUGUGAAUUUAUCUAUGUAUAUGUGACAUCAAAUGAAUGCCCUUUUUGCAAUCUAAAAAAACGGUAUAUAAUAUGUGUUGUUGCAAUAAAUGACUGAGAUGCAAAUUGCGUUUGAACACAAACAGCAAAUAAUGCAAAAAUAGCUUGUAUCCUUAAGGGUAAAUCCAGUUUUUGAAGCUGCCUCCUUAAGGGGUUAAUGACUAAACUGUGAAUUUUGUGAGAGAAUCGUCAACUUGGUUGGGUGAAUAAACCCCUUUCUUUUAAUUUUGGAAUGAAAUAUAUAUAAAACCAGGGGAAAAGGUAAUUUUGUAGAGUGUAACGAAAAUAGUGGUUCAUGUGUAUAAUAAAUGUAAUGCUAAUGUAAUAGGAAUUUAACAGCACAUAAUCCAGUAGAAAUGACACACAAGAAAUACAUCAUACAGCUCGCCACUUAUUCUAUGUUUUUUGUUUUUAUUUUCCACUUUGGGAGAUUUACUGUUUCUUUAAGUCUGCCCUCUAUCCAUAUGUCAUCUUGUUUUCAAUGUAUUUCGCUCAUUUUAUUUAUAGAAGAAAGAUGAGUAAGAUCUGCUGUUAUUUUAUUUCAGGCUCCUUGGGUUUUGACAAAAAGACCCUCAAUGAGUUGGCCAGACCAAGGCAUUAUAGAAUUCACAAACUACCAGGCUCGGUAUCGUAAAGAUCUUGACCUUGCUUUAAGAGAUGUAACGUUUCAACUGCGCUCCACAGAGAAGGUAAAAUAAUGAAAACCUACUAUUUAUAGGGUGGUCCCUGUUCUUCUGUAGGAGUACUGGGGUGGACAGAAUUAAUAAGAGUACAACUGCUGAAAUGAAGCAUAGUCUCCAGGUCUUUGGUGGAUGGGUAUAGGAUGUUAUAUAUAUAUUUCUCUCAGACUUCUCCUGCAAAUUCAUUGGAUCGAGACUGGGAAAUGUCUGAAUCCUGUCCCACCCAUAGUGGGGCAACAAUAAAUAAUUUGGAUUUUGUGCCUCUUUUUAUAUUUUUUAAAUGGUAAGUUAAAAAAUGUGAUUUGUUGAAUAAAAAUGCAUAUUCCUUACUAUUAAUUAUGUAAUAAAUGUUGAAACAUAAUUCCAGAGUGCACACGCACACACCUAUUGCCCGGAGGUGCUUACACAAAUUUGUCUACAUUUGUGGAACUCCCCUUUAAUGUUUUAAUUGUCAUAUUAAGUGUUUGUCUUACUUCAGUCUCUGACUUGCACCCCCUGUUCCUCUUUGCUGAUGUAGUCUGUCAAAUUAUAUCCUAUAUAUUUAGUGUUAUGAUUGAAACAAGUUUUGUGACUUGUGUCCUGCUAUGUGGGCACUGACUAUAGGGCUUUUUUGGAAUGUUGAUUGGCACACAUUCCAUAUGAUGUCCCAAAAAUGUUAACUAACCCUUUAUGUAAAAAUGACUAUUGCAUAGUGAUUUUACUGCUUGAAUACAUUAUGUAUUUCUAAAAAUGUACACAAAAAUAAAAAGAUGUCUUCCCAUAAUCCAUUGAUAUUAGGUCGAAAAGCCAAAAAAAAUAAAAAAAGUUAAUACAACUUUUUUUAGUUGACAUAUGUGAUAAGCAUAAAUCCAGCUUUAAAGGAAACCAAUGUGAUAACAAACUGCUGUUUUGGGUUAAAUAAUCUCAAACCUGUAUUUAAUUCCAGUGUAAGUGACACCUGUCAAAUAGUGCACCAAGAAAAACCUUACAAACAUAUGAUCUGAUCACCUCAACUACAAAGGAAGAUUAUCUCACCAAGAUUGACACUAUCGGCCAAUGAAAAUCCUUGCAGUUCCUCGAAGGCUAGAAUCCGCUAAUAGUGACUAAUCAUACAAGGACUGAAUGUACUAUGCUACGGGUACCUCAGCCACUAGGCCUACAUUUACUGCUAUACAGAUAUUCGAAAAGGCUAUCGAAAGUCUGCCCAAAAACUCGCUCAGACCACAAAUAGCUCUUAAAAACAUGUAAAAGCUAGACAUCUAAUGUACCUUAACUGUAUAGCCUAACAUACUGCUACACUGGACUGAAAUAUAGGCCCCCGUUGAAAAUAAUAAAUAGUAAAACCGUAAAAUUGUUUCCUAACCCAUAAAAAAAAAAAUUAAAAGAAAAAUAUAGCCUGAAAUGCGUUUCUGUCAUGUCUACUCAGGUUAAUAAUAUGUCUUUGAUGAAGAUGCAUUAAAUAACAAAAAAAGAAGGUAUUUUUGAUGCACUAUUUGACAGACACCGCUUCCCUUGGAAUUAGGUGCCUGCCCGAGAUUACUUAAUGCAACACUGAAACGUAUUUAGCCUCUUAUAAUGGCUGUUUAACAUUGCUUUCCUUUCUUAGGCUGGGUCUGCGAUAUUUAUAUACAUAUUGACAGUUCAAUCUGAAUUGCCCUCUUUUCCAAAAACACCAGGGUUUAAGUUGCAAAUCCUUCUGUAAAUGGGGAGUAUACAGUCGAGCUUCCUACAAGCGCCCCACACAAAACAGAGGGUUAUUAACUAAAGAUUUAUCUGACAAAUAUGUUGCCAAAUAUAGCUAACUAAAAAAAUCCAAAUCUGCUGAGUUUGAUAAUUUUUUACAAAGUUCUUUCUUCUGUUUUGUGAGUUCCUUUGAGUCGUAUAAUGGUACUGUAGAUGAAAUCCAGUGUCUGUGUAUCCCAUUUGUAGGUUGGCAUUGUAGGACGAACAGGAGCCGGGAAAUCCACGUUGACAAACUGCUUGUUCAGGAUUGUGGAGCGAGCCGAAGGCAGUAUUGUUAUUGAUGGAAUUGACAUAGCAACCAUUGGACUCCACGAUCUAAGAUGUAAACUGAAUAUUAUACCACAGGUAAAGUUGGACAGAGUGAUACAUGGAAAGAGAGGAAAGGUUUCUGCAAUUAUUUAUUCUGUGGUUCUUCAAUCAUAGUUACUUCUGGGGCAGAUUAUUUAUACUGUGAUACAAUUGCAUCCUGGCCCUUUAAAGACAUCAGUUGAAUUUCACAGCCAAUUCUAGGUAGUACUUACCAUAUAUUUAUAGUUCUUACAGUAAAUAAACAACUUUUGUACUGGAGUUUGUAUCUUCCGUCUUGGAGUUUCAGUGAAUGACCUCGUGUUUUGUACAAAAUUUUCUGUACUUUAGACCCCCUAUAUUGACACCACCACUCUCGGUCCGGUGAAUGGGGAGUCAGGCAGAGGUGAGAUUUACUUCCCCCAAGCUGCCCCUCAUAGGUGCCGCCAUCCUCUUAAUGUCACUCCUCUUUGUCUCCUGGCGCUUCAGCUGCCAAGAGUGGACAUCAGCACUGUAUUCUCGUCAUGCUCAAGAAUAUAGCAUUGAGGUCUAUGGAGGAUAGUGCAAGACUGCGGGAUUCUCUGUAGAAAGAGCUGAUUUCCCUAAAGCUGUCACCGAUGACAGCUGGGGGAAAUGACAAGGCUUGACGUUGGUAGCUCGCUUUGUCAGGCGAAGGAAAAAUACUGAGACAAAGUAGCCAUUACAAAGUCUCAGUGAGAUUCCAAUACAGUCAAUCUGAGUUGAUAGGGUAUAGAUAUUCUACCUUUAUGAAAUACUUAGUUUGGAGGGGGUGACAGUGUUGCUUUAAUUAAUAGGUAACUAGAAAAUGGUUCUUAUUGCCCAUGUAUUUGUAUGUAUAAUAUUGCUUUCCUUCUUAAAUACACUGCUCAAAAAAAUAAAGGGAACACAAAAAUAACACAUCCUAGAUCUGAAUGAAUUAAAUAUUCUUCUGAAAUACUUUGUUCUUUACAAAAUCACACAACAAUUAAAAAAUGGAGAUCAGAUUUUUCAACCAAUGGAGGCCUGGAUUUGGAGUCACACUCAAAAUUAAAGUGGAAAAACACACUACAGGCUGAUCCAACUUUGAUGUAAUGUUCUUAAAACAAGUCAAAAUGAGGCUCAGUAGUGUGUGGCCUCCAUGUGCCUGUAUGACCUCCCUACAACGCCUGUGCAUGCUCCUGAUGAGGUGGCGGAUGGUCUCCUGAGGGAUCUCCUCCCAGACCUGCACUAAAGCAUCUGCCAACUCCUGGACAGUCUGUGGUGCAAUGUAACGUUGGUGGAUGGAGCGAGACAUGAUGUCCCAGAUGUGCUCAAUUGGAUUCAGGUCUGGGGAAUGGGCGGGCCAGUCCAUAGCAUCAAUGCCUUUGUCUUGCAUUAGGAGGAACCCAGGGCCAACCGCACCAGCAUAUGGUCUCACAAGGGGUCUGAGGAUCUCAUCUCAGUACCUAAUGGCAGUCAGGCUACCUCUGGCGAGCACAUGGAGGGCUGUGCAGCCCCCCAAAGAAAUGCCACUCCAUUACUGACCCACUACCAAACCGGUCAUGCUGGAGGAUGUUGCAGGCAGCAGAACGUUCUCCACAGCGUCUCCAGACUCUGUCACGUCUGUCACAUGUGCUCAGUGUGAACCUGCUUUCAUCUGUGAAGAGCACAGGGCGCCAGUGGCGAAUUUGCCAAUCUUGGUGUUCUCUGGCAAAUGCCAAACAUCCUGCACGGUGUUGGGCUGUAAGCACAACCCCCACCUGUGGACGUUGGGCCCUCAUACCACCCUCAUGGAGUCUGUUUCUGACCGUUUGAGCAGACACAUGCACAUUUGUGGCCUGCUGGAGGUAAUUUUGCAGGGCUCUGGCAGUGCUCCUCCUGUUCCUCCUUGCACAAAGGCGGAGGUAAUGGUCUUGCUGCUGGGUUGUUUCCCUCCUAUGGCCUCCUCCACAUCUCCUGAUGUACUGGCCUGUUUCCUGGUAGCGCCUCCAUGCUCUGUACACUACGCUGACAGACACAGCAAACCUUGUUGCCACAGCUCGCAUUGAUGUGCCAUCCUGGAUGAGCUGCACUACCUGAGCCACUUGUGUGGGUUGUAGAUUCCGUCUCAUGCUACCACUAGAGUGAAAGCACCACGGGCAUUCAAAAGUGACCAAAACAUCAGCCAGGAAGCAUAGGAACUGAGAAGUGGUCUGUGGUCACCACCUGUAGAACCACUCCUUUAUUGGGGGUGUCUUGCUAAUUGCCUAUAAUUUCCACCUGUUGUCUAUCCCAUUUGCACAACAGCAUGUGAAAUUGAUUGUCACUCAGUUUUGCUUUCUAAGUGGACAGUUUGAUUUCACAGAAGUGUGAUUGACUUGGAGUUACAUUGUGUUGUUUAAGUGUUCCCUUUAUUUUUUGGAGCAGUGUACAUUUUUCCUAGUGUAAAGUUCUGUUUCACUUUUUUCCCAGGACUCUAAAUUUGGUGGUCUUUUCUGAAGUGGUUAUUUCUACUACAAAUGACUUGCAAAGAAAAGAUAAAACUAUUUUAGAGUAAUUUAGAAAUAAACAUUUAAUAGACUUUAAAUUAAGUCACUUUUCAAAAAGCUUUUAUAAAUCUCCAAGAUAGCUUUAUUUUUUCAGUAAUCUCCAGGUCCACAAUUAGACAAAUCCCUUGUUAUUAAGACAGUCCUAUCAUACCACUGGUCAGAUAAAGGAUUGUUGUAUUGUUUUGUAGGAUCCAGUACUGUUUUCAGGAGCACUUCGGAUGAAUUUGGAUCCACUAGAGAAACAUUCUGACGCUGAACUGUGGGAAGCCUUGGGAAUGUGCCAUUUAAAGGACUUUGUGCAGUCUCUCCCGAAAAAGCUCUAUCAUGACAUUUCAGAAGGUGGUGAGAAUCUAAGGUAACAAUUGCAAUUUAUCUAAUCCUGUGAUGUAGCGAUCUGCAAAAUAGCACACUUUUAGCCAUGUGAUGUAUAUAUUUAUAAAAAGCAAUAUGAUCUAGACCUUUUAAUACCUAUCGCCCACUUUUGUAUCUUUGUUGAUGGCAAAAUUUCCUUACCGCCCACCAGUGCCACAGUCACUAAUUUUAUAGCGCAAGUGUGAUUUUAUAUAUAUAUAUAUAUAUUACUUUAUUUAAUCUAUUUUUUUCAAUUCUGCUUUUGUGUCUGUGAGGUGAUGUGCGUGUGUGAAGGGGUCAGUGCGUGUGGAGUGUGUGUGAGGGUGCAGUCUGUCUCAGGGGGGUAGUCUUUGUGUGUGAAGUGUGCAUAGGGUCUAUGCUAUGUGUAGGAGGGUGAGAUGUGAAAAUCUAUCUUAAUAUCUCGACCCCUCCAUUCUUCUUACCUUUUACCCAGAGAGGGCUUACAGCAAGGCUGGCUCUGCACGGGCCAGCAGGGGGGAUGAAAGGAUCUCCCCUGCUGGCCUUGGCCAGCGAGGCCCGCUGGACAUUUUCUGCAGAACCCACCACCGCCCACGUGAAAUCCCAAACCUCCCACUAUUGGGCGGUAGGGACCAGGUUGAAUACCCCUAAUCUAGACACUUAAGGUACAAAAGGUCGCAGAUUUAUUUGGAGAAUCAAAACAUAAACAGCAAUGAUUCGACCUCCAAUGAGGUCAAGGUAACACCACAAUAACACAAUCCAUAUUUAAGGCACAUAAUUUACCAUAGAUACAAGGUAAAUUGCAAACACACACUUCAUUAUUUGCAUGAACUGCAUCAAGAUCUGUCUUUUGUCUAUGAGGAUACUAAUUAAUGAAAUUUUUGGCUAUAAGGCUCACCCAAUGGGAACUUGAUGCAAAUCAUGCAAUUAAUUGUGUGUUUGCAAUUCAAAUUGUAUCUUAAUGCAAUUAAUAAUGUGCUUUUUAUAUAUAUAUAUGAAGUGUGUUAUUUUGGUGUUACCUUUUAUAAAGGGUUUUUAAGCAUAUUUCUGUAACAUUUUCUAUAGCUACUAUAACACUAUAAUGGUCUGUAGUUUCUAAAAACUAUUGGAAAGCAUCACAUUUCUUUAUUUUUGAUAAACUAUUUAAUUUUAUAUAUUUUUUAAAGCAUCACAUUUCUUGAUGGGGCUGGUAUACUUUUUUUUAUUAUAUCAUUAAUUUAAUUCAAAUGUUUUGCUUUCUAUUAUUUAUUUUUUAGCGUUGGACAACGGCAACUAAUCUGUCUGGCUCGUGCAUUACUCCGGAAAACAAAGAUAUUGAUUUUAGAUGAAGCAACAGCCUCUAUUGACAUGGAGACAGAUAACCUGCUACAAACUACAAUCCGCAAGGCGUUUUGUGACUGCACUGUACUUACGAUCGCUCACAGGCUGCAUACUGUUCUCGAUUCUGAAAGGUAUGGUUAAUAAUGUUUGGGUUUUUUUGGAACUAUUUUGCAUUAUAUGGAACGAAAACAACUGUAAACCGUAAACUUGACAGUUAGCACUGCCUUGAAAAAUACACACGAUGUCCAUAAGAUGAAGCUUUUCACAUAAUAUAUGUUUAGGCAUUAUAUAUAUUUCAUUUUUGCUACCUGUUAUUUGAAGUUUAAUGGUACCGGGUUAAUGAUGAGGAUAGGAGUAGUGUUAUGGCUUAGAUUAUUGUUGGGGGAAGAACAAAGGUUUAAGAAUUAGGAAUAGUGUGUUAAGGGAGUGUAGAGAGUGUAGCUAUGGGUUAGGGGUAUUGUAUGGUGGAAAGUGUAUUCUCAGUGAAUACUUGCAAGGGUGAAUAGGACAAAAACAACAAUGAGACUGUAACUAGACCACUUCACUGAGAUCAAGUGGUUCGGGUGCCUAUUGUGGUUCUUUAAAUUUCCACCUGCUUACAGCAAGUAGACAAGUGGACUUUUGAUCCCUGCAUUUAAAAAAUAAAUAUGUAAAAUAAUAUAUAUUAUGCUUAAGUAUAUGGUAUUAUCUGAGUGUGAAUAUAAGAAAUAGUAUGCAAUUAUAUAUGCAUUUUGAUAUCUUUGUUUUAGCUUAAUUCAAUAGUUUGUAGUCACUCUGUUAGUUGGUGUUUAACUCCAGGUAAUGCAUCGGUCAUGAUCACUGUAACAUCUGAGAGAUACUUAUUUGCCAGGAUCACACACCUCCCAACAGUUCCAACUUCAGCUGGACAGUCCCUAUUUCAGAUUUGUUUUGCUGUCCCAGCUAUGUUCCUUGAAUCCCGCUUUUUCAUGGUCCUCACUGUGUGAUUUCCAGUCAACCUGGGUUAGAUAUAGACCAGGCUGACUUGUCCCAACUUUCCAGACAGGUCUGACCCCUUUGCACAGUGCGUGUGACCAUACUGGUUGGCAUAUGAUGGAUUAAAAUUAAUAAAUAACCUGGUAAAGUUUAUUAUCGUAUUAUCUUUCAACAGGGUCCUUGUUCUGGAUGCUGGUAAAGUUGUAGAAUUUGGUGAACCACAAAAACUAAUCCAGAAGAAAGGUGUUUUCUCAAAGAUGGUGACAGAAGCUGGGAUACUUUUAGGCACAGAGCCAGCAAAAUAAAGCAUUAUUACAUAGUUUGCUGAGACAGCAAACAUUCUGUCUGAUUUGAAAGACUACAGGUAGUUACAGUAGUAGUUUGUUUUGUUUUUGAACCAUUUUUAGCUGAACCAUUCAGGGAGAUUUUGUAAUAUUUCCAUUUCCUGACUUGGUGACUUAAAGGGAUUCACCCACCAAAAACCUUGACACAUCUUUCAUUAGUGGUCCGUUUCCUAUUAACCUUAUUGAUCUUAAAAAUCACCAUUCAAUCACAACCAAAAUGAACAGCAACUCUGUAUCUGUAAUAUUUGGCAUAUGCUAGUUUACUAUGCGGAACACAAGGACCCAGUGAAAAGCACUGAAUGAUUUUCCACCUGACAUGCUGAAUAUAUGAUCUUCAAAUUAUUGAAAUAAGGACGAUCAUUCCUAAUAUCUUCAAGUACUGAAGUCCUGCCCAUGUAUAAUUCCUCACAUUUUGCCCCAUUACUAUUUAUUGAACCAGAUUUAUUGUAACCCUUUCAGGUAACAGUGUUUGACAGACAUUCUUGUUGUCUUAGAAACACCAAGUUAACAUCAACACGGAUGAAAUAAAAUAACUUAGGCAAAACAUUGCUUUUAAAUAUUCAGUGUGCAUUUGAAAGAUCUUUACAAAAAAAGCAAUAUUUUACUAAAAAAUACAUGCACCAGAUACUCUUGAAGAAUAUUUUUUUACACUUAUAGUAGUAGUAAGUUUUAUCACAUGUAAGUACUAAAAUGAGUGUUGUGGCCAAAUGUGUACUAAGUCAAGUUAGCUCUUGACAUUAAUCUACCUCUUUUUUUCCAAAUUAAAAAUAAUAUAUAUUUAUGGUGAUUGUGAAAUGUAACAGUUUAGCAUUGUGUGCAUCAAACAAAUGUGCAAUACAUAUAAAUAGCACUUUGCCUAGAUUUUGAGAACAUCUAAAGAGCACCAAUUUCUAGACAUAAGUAUUGUACCUCCACAACUUGAACGAUUACUUUAAUUUUAUUUUUGUGGUUAAAAUCUGCAAAUAUCUAUUUAAGCAGAGAGAAGCAUUAUUUGCAGAUUAAAUAAAUACAACAUGCAAACUAAACUCUGUUUCUGAGUUCAAAAUCUCACUGUUUUUAUUCACUCAACUAUAAAUUGAAUUGAAAAAUGUAGGCUACAAUCGCAAAGUGUUUGUCUUUACUUUGUAAUUUGAUUUUUAAUUCACUACAAUGUGGUAUUUAGUAAAAGAAUCCCUUUCUUUUUGUCAUCUUGAUAAAAAAAAAAAUGGACCAAGGUGAUACGUGCAAAAGUGAAAUAUGACAUGCUCUCAACCAUGUGGUUUUUAUAUUUAUUUCAUGAAAAAAUAUAUAUUUGUACGGUAUUUUUUUUAUAUCAUAGGAAUGUUUUUGAAUAUUGAAAUUCCAUCUGUGACUAGGAAAUAUUUUUUGAUACACUUACACGUGAACUCUGUAAGGCAAUAAGAAAUCUACAGUAUUUUAUUAUUUAAAGGGGUACUCACAAUUAUUUUUAAGUUGCACAUAAAUUAGAUACAAUUUGGUUAUAUAAAUUUUGUGAUCCAGUUGCUUACCUGUACGGAUUCAUAUACAUAAGACAUUGCUCACUAAAGGUGACAAAGUUAAUGCAGUUUAGCAGAUAACCUUGGCUGUAUUUCAGUUUUCAUUUGGUUUUAGCUCCCACUUCUAAAAAGUUAAUUUAAUAAACUACAUCGCCUGCACAAUUUUCCCUUUAUGCCCUAAAGCAGCGAUGGCUAACUUUGGCAAUGAAAAUAAUGGUGAACUACAAUAAAAAUAAUCAAAACAGGAGGGGCAUAUUUUGCUUUUGCGUAAGUACAUCCAGGAGACUUGAAAUUAUUAUUACCCAGCUGAAUGGUAUUUAUGUUAUUGACAUUGGAAGGAUGGCAGUUCAAGAUGAAGCAGCAAUGAAUGAAAUUGCAGAUUAGAGCUCUUAUUUAAAAUACAAGAGAAACAAAACAAAAAAAAGUUUUGGACUGCAUAUUAUUAAAGGAACACUAUAGGGUCAGGAACACAAACAUGUAUUCUUGACCCUAUAGGAUUAAAACCACCAUGUAGGUGGCUUGCCUCCCCUAAGCCUCGUUAGGUGUUAAAACAUACCUUAUUUCCAGCGCUAUGUAGGUCUGCUGGCGCUGGCCUCGCCUUCUUGGUAACAUCAGACUUUACGAUUUUUUGCCAGUCCAAUGCUUUCUCUUUGGCCAAUCAGCACCUCCUCGUAGAGAUGCAUUGAUUCAAUGCAUCUCUAUGAGGAAAAUGGAAACGCUGAAUGGCAGAGCUGUCUACUGUGCAGCACUGCCCCAGGAAGCACCUCCAGUGGCCAUCUGAGGAGUGGCUAUAAGAGGUAUCCAUAGGGGCUAUGAAAAGGCAGUGUUUACAUGAAAAUGCCUGAAGGGAAUGAUUGUACUCAAUAGAACAAAUACAUUAAAGGGACACUCCACUGCCAGGAAAACAAAUCGUUUUCCUGGCACUGCAGGUCCCCUCUCCCUCCCACCACCCAUCCCAUGUUGCUGAAGGGAUGAAAACCCCUUCAGUGACUUACCUGAGACCCCCGCCGAUGUCCCUCGGCGGUGGUUUCGGGUCCGCCUAUGCUCCUUCGGGGGAGAGCUAAUGCGCAUGGACGUCAAAAGCGCCCACAUUAGACCUUCAUAGGAAAGCAUCGAACAUGCUUUCAAUGCUUUCCUAUGGGGAAUUGAGCGAUGCUGGCGGUCCUCAAACUUGUGCUAUAAUCCAGGAAGUGCCCUCUAGUGGCUGUGUAGUACAGCUACUAGAGGAGGAGUUAACCCUGCAAUGUUAUUAUUGCAGUUAAUGAAAACUGCAAUAAUUACAGCUGCAGGGUUAAGGAUAGUGGGAGUUGGCACCCAGACCACUCCAAUGGGCAGAACUGGUCUGGGUGCCUGGAUUGUGUCUUUAAGCUGUAGUUCUUGUGACUAUAGUGUCCCUUUAAACAUAUCUAAAUGAAAGACACUUUCAUCAAUAAAUGCAUUAUAGUCCACUGAAUAAAGAACACAUGAUAUUACAAUUGAUAUGCAGGUUUUAGCUGUAAUUUGUCUCCAUGUAACGUUUUUGCAUGUUACAACAAGGUUGUGACUCCACUUUAAAAAAAAAAAAAAAAGACCAAAACAUAUGUCUGUAAUGUCAGUAUUUAAAAGUCUGAUUCUCAGCAAUAAAACUAAUGGAAGGUUGUAAAAUGUACAUAUUCCAUAUCACGAGAAGAAGAAAAAAAAAAAAAAAAAUCCGUGGGCAAACACUAAAUAACUAAUUGAGGGUAUUUAAAAAUAGUAGAACAAUUGGAUGAUUUGACUGGUUGACUCCUCCUGUUACUUGAUUACCGAUGUUUUGUUAGAUACUUAUUAAUACAGUUAAUUUAAUGUUGAAGAUUACUUGUUGAUUGUAAAUGUCGGCUGGUACUAGUUGCAACUGUUCAUUAUUGUAUCGAUAAUAUUAUGUAGUUGUUUAUUUCUCUGGGAAAAUGCUUUUAAAUGACAACCGAUCAUCUCAUCUUGUGUAAUGUAAUCUUACCCCAAAUUUGACAUGUACUGGUGCUGCACUUUAGCAAAUGUCAAGAUUGUUUUAAAGAAAAAAAAAAAAAAAAAUUGUAUAGUUUUUUUUCCCCACUUACAUUUGAGAUUUAAAAAUAAAUAAAUAAAUAUAUAUACACUUGUAUAAAUGCCUCUUUUAAAAUAUAACUUUGGUUUUUCAUAAAUAUAAAAUGAUUAUUUCCCACCCUCCCCCUGGGGCUAAGGAAGAAAGACAUGGAGGGG